GCGUGUUAUGUCAGGAAAGGAAUUACAUCCUUCCUAUUAGAAGCAUUGGUGGAUACUCUGUGGAGAAUAGCAGUGGAGUGCAGGGAGGACCUUGGGCAGGGGGAGGAGAAAUGUCUAUGCUCAAUCAGGCUCCAGGGUUCUAGGGGAACCUGGACUACUUAAUUUACUUUUCACAUUGGUGCCAGUCAGUUUUUUUUUACUUCACCUAACUCAAAGUGCUGGUCCAUGGACCAGAGCCUGUCUGCAAGCCAUUGGCUGCUGGUCUCUGGUGACUCCACCACAGCCCAGAUUGUGUGGGUUGUUUCAGGACCAAAUAUGGUACCAAUCCAUGGCACAUUGCAGGGGGUGGUGAAUUGCCAGUCCACCAUAGUUUGAGAAUCACUGACUUAAGAUCAUGCAAAUUUUUUUUUUGAACAGCACGAAUGAACUUUUUGGACUGCCUUUACUUAUUUGGGGUCUGGCUGCCCAUUAAAUAAAACAAAGAAAUGGAUGCAAAGCUACCCUAGCAUGAGGGGGAGAAAGAGAAUUAGACGAGUAAAGGUGCGUGGGAGCGUCUGUGUCUGAGGGGCACCAAUCGAUGGGGCAAGAGAAGACUAGGGAGGUGCCCACGUGAGCGCAGACCUGGAAUUGGGAGCAGCUGACUCUGCGAGGCUACUGUGGCAAAGGACUUGGGGAAAGCCAGAGAGAGAAAGGCGGGCCUUUCCCUUCAGCAGCGCUGUUGAGGCUGCUGUCAUUGUAUACCGAUGGCCGCACCUGAUCCGGAAGGGCGGGGUGAGCGCCUGGAGCCGAGCCCCCUGUCCCAGCGGAGGCUCGCCCAGCAAAGGGAGAGGAGCGGCGCGUCCUGCUGGAAGGGCGCUAAGACCCUGGAUCUGACGCGGAGGAAGCGGCGGGGAGGGACUGCGCGAUCUGCGGGAGCCGGUUUAAAGGUUGACGUUUGUGUGCCGAAGGAGCCGGGCGCAUCCAUCUGGCUGGUCCGCGCCUGAGCCGAGCGCGCUCGCCAGGGGGGCGCAGAGCGAGCGUCUUCUCCGCGGAGCGAAACGGGCGCCACGAGAACAGCCGCCUCUCCUUCGCCCAUUAAUGCCCUGGACCAUGGACAGGCUCAGCGGUAAGCAGAACGCCCAGAUGGCGGCUGCCUGUAUCGAUCCGGUCGCUUGGAUCUGGAGUGGGGCUGGUAUGCUGGGGGGCGUCUGAUCGGAUUGUCAAGGAACGGGACCCGCUUGCUCCGGAUGGGGCGAACACUUGUUGUCACGUAAUUGGGAAGCUGGCUAGGGCAGGGCUCUCGAGUGAUCCCCUGGCGGGGCGAGAUCUUCGGUUUAUUUAGCCCUGUAGCGUCAGCUGCUCCUGAUUGCCCUGUUCCUAGGGGAGAUCUCCCCAUGCAAAGAAGACCUGUUCUCUAGAAAGCCUCGCUCGACGGAGCGUGCCAUAUUAAUUCAUGCUAUCCGUCGCGGCUCGCGCGCUGCUGAUUUGUGCCUCGGUCGAUAUUCUGAUCAGAAGAUGAAGCGUGCCACGCCCACGCGUGCUCACAUUCACGGCACGUUCCGCGUGGGGAUGUACCAUUGUGUGCUUCAACGUGGGGUGGGGCAGAGAGAGGUUAGAAAUCAAUAGGGCGGGGAACGUGAUCGCACUUUUGUUUCCAUGGAGUAGUAUUUGGAAAGCUUAAACGUGGGUGGUCAAAUGGGAUUCUGGUCUAUAUAUUUUAAAGUAAUCGUGUGAGAAUAUUCGUGGGACAGCUUUAGAUCUACGGUGAAAAACGCUUUUGCGUGAGAUAGACGUUUAAAAAAGAAAUAACAACACAAGCUAGAUGUACGCGCCCCAAAUGGUUAGUAAAUGGCAUUGUCUUAAUGGGGCUUUGUGUAACCCUGGCGCUUGGAGGUGGGCCCGCGCGGUUGCCAAAUUGCUCUGGAAGAAUCUGCUUGGCUCCCUCCAGACUUCAUUAUUUCUUCACUGUUACUCCACCGAUAGAGAGGAUGACCUAAGACCUAAUGUAAGAACGAUCACGGCCAGGAGGGAUUGUUUUGUUUACUCCCCAUGUGCAAGACACCACCGUGAGCUGUUUAAUUGUGAACUGUACACACACAUCAGCAUGCUUUCGGGCCCUAUCCUGUGCGUGUCUCCUUGGAAGCAAAUCCCACGAGUUCAGGGAGACUUACUCCCAAGUCAGCGUGCCCUGGGUUGCAGUCUUCUCUGUUAUUAGGCAGUAGUCUGUUGAGAGAAGCCUCUUCUGUUCGAUGUGGUGGAGAGAGAGAAAGCUGAUGAAUCACUUUAAACAGACUGUAUCAGGACAUAUGUGCUUUUAAAAUCGCUGUGCUGUUUUGGAGAGGCAUUACUCACCUUACAGUGGCUUAGUGGAUAAAUUGCUGGACUAGGAACAAGUUGACACAGGUUCAAAUACUUGGCCACGCAGCUCACUGGGUGACUCUGGGUCAGUCUCCCCUUCCUUCUCUCAGCCUAGCCUACCUCACAAGGUUGCUUGUGAGGAUAAAAUGGGAGGGGAACAGCCUUGCAAGCCACCCUGAGCUUCUAGGAGGAAUUAUCAAAGUAAAAAUGGAAUAAAUAAAAAGUCAGCAAGUAACUGUUGGGCGCACAAGGGUCUUGUUGGAGAUGAGCUUGGUUUUGGUAGCACCAAAAAUCACAAGAAUCCACUCUUAAUCGAUCUGUCUAGAGUUGACUCGAGCACGUGGUGGUCACCACACCAUGUCAGUUGAUGAUGCACAAGACUUGACUUUUGACAUGUGUCUCCCCACUUCAAGCUACUCUCUGAAGAUUGGAGAAGAGACUCUCUUAAGAAUAUUAGGGGGGUGGGCAGGGGAAGGACUACACCAUGUGAAAAAUGAACAACAUAUUUUAGCUGCAGUUCAUUUUCAGCUUUGUAUUCUUGUUAUAAAAAAAGUGCCUAGACAUUCCGUUGCUGCACCCAUAACCUAGGUUUAAGGUGCCAUUUAGCUCCUAGCUUUCAUAUCUCAGUUUCUUACACUGGCCAGAGUCCCUCUCUCUUCUUCUCUGUCUCUGGGCUGGUUUUUCAAUGCUACCUUUGUGGUAGCUGCAUAAGGAAUGGCAUUUGAGCUGUUGGUGCUAUGCAGAGAGGCACUUGUGUGAAGGCUGGUGUGGGCAGAACUCAGUCAGAGUUGACUUCUAGAGCAUUGCUCUUGACUUGGAGUGGCUCUUGGAGGGCUCACGGUGUGGCUUUCUAGAAGUCUGUGCUCAUGCCUCCCGUUAGCUUCCACCCAGUGAAUACUGCAGCUGUGGCUACUGUCCUGAACGUGGCUGUGCAGAUCUUCCCCUCUUGUGGCCCUUGCUCAUUCCUUCACCUGCUUUCAGUACAUGCAGGGAAAUAUAAGCAGAGGAACAAAGCAGGAAAGGACUCAUGGCAGGAGACACAACACACUUACUCAUGACAAAACUUAUUUGCAGGUGCAAUUGCUUUGCAAGCGCUAAUAUGUUGCGGCCUGGUUUCUCUUGGAAGAAAAACUAAAGGAGUCUUGCCUCUGUCCACUGUUAGCAGAAUGAAGUGAAUUAUAACUUUUGCUUUGAAAACUUGGGGGGCAGGACAAUAAUGAUGGUAAUAUGUUUUCUGUGCUGUGCCACAAGUGUGUUCAUCUUGGCCCCUCUUUUGGAGAGCAUCUGCAGCAAUGCCUCUCUGCUUCUCACCUCUCUCUCUCACAAUGAAGUGGGACACUCGUGUAGAGUGGAAUCUUAACUGUUUGUAUCUGGAAAUGCUAUGUAUAUCUCCUCUAUAUACAGCGAACACAUUCCAGCAGCAGUCUGGGCAGCUGGGGCAGUCUCAGUAAGGUUUUUUUUGCUAUGAUUUGUGGCUAUAAAUAAACCCUCUUCUGCACUUGUCCACCAUAGGCUUUUGCUGAGGGCUGCAAUUUUUUUAGGGUGGAGAAGCCUCGCUAGACAGGAGGGAGAAUGCCCGUACCAUCCUGCCUGCAGGGCAGGGGGUGGCGCAGAAUGGCUGGAGAAGCAGGAAGGAGAGUGAACUCCCCAUUUCCAGAUCUGCCCUACAAAAGAAGUGACAGUGUGAUCUUGGGACCUGUGAUGUUUUAAAGAGUAGUGGAAACUCAUCAGCCCAUUGCAGAUCCUCUGAAGGUCAAGGGUUCUCCUUUUUCCUCCAUGUAAAAGGAUGGGUGAUGCUUCCUCUAUGGAAACGAAGUGAUCUCCUCCCCUCUUGUAAGUGGUUGAGCAUUCGGAGGCCAACCCAUGCUCUGCUUGGGGCCUGCAUCCUGUUACUCAGCCAGCUCUUGAGGCUGGGCAAAGGGCUUGGCACGGCUUCAUUCUCGCAUCCCUCCUGAAGCAGGAAGCAUUUCUGCUGACUGUUGAUAAGGGAAUGCCUCUUGCAAUGUUUUUCUUGGGAAUUCUGACUGCCUUGCUUCCCCAGUGGGGGAACUGAAAGCCACUUCUGAAAUAUCAUGAGCCAAGUCUGCAGAUAAUCAUGUGCAUACUUUGCUUAGAGGCAACGAACCUGAUGUGCAUAUAUUGUUCAUUUUUUAAUUUAAAAAAAGGUCUGCUGUCGAAGCACAGCUAAGACAUGGUACACUUAGUGCCCUUGCGGAGCGAGUCCCUUCAAGCAUGAAGAAAGUGGAGCCAGCCCUCAGAGAAAAAUCUUAAUCUUGAAAUGCAUGAUCCACUUCAUGAAAUAUAAACACCGAAGAACAUAAAGAGUGGCCUAGGUUUGGUACUUUCAUCUGUAAAAUGGGACUGAAUAUGCCCUUCACAAUGGCAAGAUGCAGGAGCAGUGUUAGGGACUUAAGAGAUUUGAGGCAUGGGCUCAUAGACAUAAAUUUGCACGUGCUAAUUUGUUUUGUUUUUAAACAAAGUUUACGUAACACUUGACCCUAAGAAAACCUGUAAGCAGUUUAGGAGAAAUACUAAAUUUAUCAGCAAAAACAGCUUAAAACAAGUUAUAAAAGCACUUAAAAGAUAGUUGAAAUUAGAGCAGACUAAGAAGAGAUUAAAACAUGUCAAUAUCCACGUGUCUGGCUAGGCUUUCUUAAGCAAAAACGUUUUAAGCAGGCACCAAAAGGAAAACAGUGAAGAUGCUUACCUGAUGUCAAUAGACAGGUAGUUCCAAAGUUUAGGUGCUGCCCCACUAAAAGACCCAUAUCUUACAAGUGUGGAAUGAGUAUGUCGGGGCACCUAGAACAGUUCCAGUUCCUCGGGGGGGGGGGACAGUUGAAGGGGCACAUGUGGAGUAAAGCAAACUGCUCCCAAGCAAACCGUUACAAAUUGUAGCACCUUAAACUUGGUGCAAUAACAAAUCAGCAACCAGUUCAGAUCUUCUGAGCAGAAGUGUUAUAUGCUGACAGGGUCUCACAAUCCUGGAGUUAGGAGAAUAACUGAGGAGUGCAGCUGAGCAUUCUCGAUUUCUUAAUGAUUCUCCGAAAGAAAGAAGGGAAAGAAAAGGCUCCAGGACUGUGCUCUUCAGAGUGAGCAGGAAGACUCUCAUCCUGCUUCCCUACACUUGCCUGCACACCACCUUAACCUCCCAAGUGAUGGUUGUCAACAGAAGUGCAGUGGGGGGGGGGGGAGGGAGAGGAUUGGCUGAGUUUUUUGCCAGUAGCCCAAAUGUGAUAAUCUCAGCUAAAAUGCCCUUAUUGUCUCCUAGACCUUUGAGUUCCAGAGUGCAGACAUGUAGCCUGUGAUGCGGUUUAUAAAAAAUCUAUUGUCUUAAUACUUUUCAGACUAUGCUGUCCCAUCUUGUCUGACAGCUAUUUAAAUAUUCACAGGACAGGAAAAUGGAUUCCAUACUCUUACCAGAACCCACAAAUCUAUUGUUCAAAAUGGCUGGGGGUGGGUGGGAUAGCUGUUAACUCAAAUUCAGAUUUAUUUAUUUCUGGGUCAUUAUCCCUUCAGUCCUGAGAGAUAUUCCCCUCCCUCUAAAAUAUCACAGCUUUUGCUGUCUGUGUACUUAAUAGUAUCUCCCAUUUCCAUAGAAGCCAGUUGGCAUCACUGUGGAUGAAUGAGCUAAGCAUUUGAAACAAGCAGACCUCGCCUUUGAAAGUCAUGCAUUAAGAAGAAUAGAUUGUGGCAUCUUUUAACAGUACACCCUGAUGAUAAGUCACUGUGGGUGGUUAUUCAACCAAGUUUAAUUCAGAGUAGAUCUGUUAAAAUUAAUGGACCUCACUUAGCCAUAGUCAUUAGUUUCUGCAGAAUGCUGUUGGGUCCCUCCAGACUGGUGGGGAUAUUUGUGUAUGUGUGUAUUCUGCAACAUGUCGUUGAUGCGAUGAUAGUGGAUUUAUACUGAGCCAUUCCACUUUAUUAGUUGUUCUCCAGUGCACCCCAAGGUUAGCACAUUGUCAUCCACAGGAGCACUCUUUGCUAUAGCUAUAGCACAACAAAAAUGGGGGGGACAAAACAUUUGUGGUAUGAAAAGUUACAGGAUUUUAGCAGGAAACUAUGGGAAAUGCACCAAUUGGAAGGAAAUUAUCUGCCUGAAACUUUUGCAGGCGCACACAGUAUUGAAAGCACAAUUACGUAUAACUGUCCAGAUACCAUCAUGAGCACAAAACAUCAUGAAUGCACAAUAAAAAGUACAACUAGAGCAGCCCAUUGUCUUUUACUUGCCUUCAAACAGCCCAAGGUUCUGCCACCCCCUAAAAACCCUUCUGUGCCCAGACUUUCAUAUAUAUUUUUAUUUGAUGUUGACAAAGAAGUUGGGGCCCACAUAUUUUGGGUGGCCUUGGCAUCUGGCCAACAUGUUGUGGUCACCAUUAGUCUUGUCCCUCCCCUGAGUCCUCUAGUGUGCACAGAGGAUGUGGGGAAAAGGGAGAGUCAUGUCUGUGAUGCCUCCAAACUGCAGAACAGAAUUAAGUUGGUGAUGAGACUCUUUCUGUUGCCUAAGCCGCAGGCAUGGCAUGAGAAGUGAAGUUCCAUCUGGGGAGCUAUGGUGGGAGUGGGCUAUUUCCUUCAUGCCCCGCUUGUGGGCUUCUCAAGAGGCAUGUGGCUGGCCACUGGGAAGCAGAAUGCAGGACUAGAUGGACCUUGGAUUUGAUCCUGCUGGAUUUCUCUUGCAGUCUUACCUGUCCAUUGAUCUUUUUAGAAGUUAUGAGUGCAUCCAAAGUGCAACAGAAUGUCAGUGGUUCUGCUAGCCAGCUGUCACUCACUUCCUGAGCAUACUCAUAGAUUGUAGCAGAGUGGAGACAACUACCCGCUCCAGUUUAUAUGAGUUGAAAGGACAGACCAGGGGUGUAGCUAGCUGCUCCGGCACCCAGAGCGGCGGGGGCAGAGCAAUCUGAGCACGGGGGCACUGCAAGGGGGCACCGCGGCGAUCCGCCCAAAGGGGUGGCUCGGUGUGGUACGCUGCCCACGGAGUCUGCCUGGCAGACACAAGCCCCACACUACCGUUUUGGGCAGUGCGGGGCCCCGAGCCACUGUGUCACCAUGUCACUCCCAGGAGAGAGAUGUGGUUCAGGCGCACUGCAAGCCAGGCCCCAUGGUAAGUGCCAACCCCCAUGGUGUGCCAUUUUGUAACCCCCUCAAGGAUGGCACCCAGGGCGGACCGCACCCCUGCACCCCCUUCCUACGCCCCUGGGUCAGCCCCAAGCAUGUGACUAACAAGACCAUAGGUUAUGGGAAAUCUUCUCUGGUGCAGUGGUGCAUUUGGACUCCUUGGGUGCUUAAACACCCAACAUGUUAGGAAAGAGGGUGACCUGUUUAAGAUCAAAGCCAGGGCUAGUGUGGCUACUCUGGCCUACAUUAUUCCCAGACUCCCUGCAGGUGCUUGCAAGCUGAUUCCAAAGCUUGGCUACCUGUCACUUUAGUUUUGGUACGCAGCCCUUGUGUGAGAGAUGUCUAAGGACCAAAGGGAUGAGAUCCAUGACUAGCCAUCUUGAUGCAGAGAGUGAAGAGGUAACUCGUCCUCCCUCACCACUAUUUCCUCAACCUAAUUUCUCCCCCAAGGUCUGUGAGUUACAGUAGAGAACACACUGUGUCUUAUCAAUGUGCCCUCUGAUUCCCAUAGGUGCAUGUGAUGGAACCCACAGUGUGGUCAAGUGCUGUACAACAACAGACUUGUAAAAGUUGUAUUCCUGUCCACAGCACCCUUUGCUUGUACAGUCAGGCUCUUUAGUAUUUCAGUUGUUUUUAAAAAUAUAUUACAUACAAAUUUUCUUCCUGUUACAAAGUCCCGUGUGUCUGUUUUAACCCAAGAGCCAAGCGACAUAACGCGGGGAGCUCUUCAGUUCCUUGUGUGUGAUCACUUCAGACCAGUAUGCAGCCUGUGGGCCUGCCUUGCCACGGAGAAAGGGUGACAUUGGAUUGGGUGGGCGGAAUCCUGAAUCAUUCUUGAUCUUCUGCCUAAAAUCCACUUUGGGAAUUCCACCCUCUCCUAAAACGCAGCCAAAUUCAAGGGUGUGUGUUGUGAAAGAGGGUUGGGGAUGGGAUCACCGCACCCCCAGCUGCUACAGAGAGCAGCCCUCCCCUGCAUUGCUGCAAUUCUAUCUCUUGGCAACUGAGUCACUGCAAUGGAAGGAGAAUCAACGCAGGGGCAGCUCUUUCUAAUACGUGGCAAAGAAGGAGAAGGCAGCCAUGCUUCUGAAUGUCAGCUGCUGGAAACCGCAGGAGGGGAGACUACACUUGUGCUUGGGCCCUCCUUGCAUCAGCCACUAUGAGAACAGGAUCCUGGGAUACUAGACUGGCCUGAUCCAGCAUGCUCUUGUUUUGAGAAGGAACUGAGACCGUUUCCCCGAUCUCUGUUUUACCCUAUUGUGGGGUUUGGGGUUUUGAGUAAAGGUGCUCACCCAGUUCCUGUGGAGGAAGGUGAGCAUUAAAUGGAGACCAGAUUCAUCAAAGCGUUUGCUUCCCUCCAGCCUCGCAUCAUCGUGGAUGGGCUACCCCUUGUACAACCCUGUUUGCAUUUAAUUCAUUUAUUGUUACAUUUGUAUCUCUCCUUUCCUCCAGGGAGUUCAGAGUGGUGGGCUCUUAAUCUCCCCAUUUCAUUCUCACAACCCUGUGGGGCAGGUUGGGCUGAGAGACUGUGUCUGGACCAAGUUCACCCAGUAAGCUUCAUGGCUGAGUGGGGAUUUGAACUCUCAUCUCCCAAGCCCUACCUAGUCCAACCACUGCAGCACAUGGCAUCUCUACCGCCUAGACCAAGCCUGGGGAUUUUGUGGCCCUCUAGUUGUUGCUGUUCCCGUCGCCCCUGAUCACUGGCUAUGCCGGCAGGAUCUGAUGGGGAUUGUAGUCCAGCAACACGUGGACAGUCACAGGUUCCUCAUGUUUGGCACAGACCCUUGAUUUUGUGACGCCCUUCAUUAAAGUCCUGCUAGAGAAUUCCCAUUCAGCUUUUGCCUCUGAUACUGCAGACUUCAGGGUAUCCAAAAAUUCAUCACCACUGUGCAGAUGGUGCACAUCACCACGAUUCUGCCCCUCCUCUGCCUUUUGCAUUCUUCCACCAACGCUUAAGCACGGGGCCUGCAUGGUGCAAAUUAUAGUCAUUUAUACGUGAGAGCAAUUUAUCUUUGCUAUCAGCUGUGCUUAGAUAGGAACAAAGGAAAUAUGGAAAUAAGCCCAGACAUAAUUGAAAAGCCAAUGUCAAGAUAUAGGCAGAGGAGGGAGGGAACUUGUGGGCUGCUCAAGCAUUGCUUUCUGAUUAUUGUUGUAGCUGCUCCCUUGUCAAACAGACCAGCCGCCACUUGAGCUUCCAGUAGCUUGACUUUUUAGCAGUGGAAAUCGCUGAAUUGAAACCAGUCAGCAAAGCUCCAGCCAGGGCCCCCUUUCCAUUUCCACACUCAGGCCAUUAGUGACUGAUUCAUUCUCCCUCAGGAUGCUGCGCAAUCUAGUAGGGGGAAAUGGAAUUGAUCUCUAGAGCCUGUGUAACUUGGAAACAACAGUUUCCAGAGGGAACAUGUGGCUUGAUGGCAGGGUGCCAGGUGCAUUUUGCACCUAAAGAGUCUAGAUUUGCAAGCAUUUCAUUUUUUAAAAAAUAUAAUUUUUAUUAAAUUUUCUGUUUUACAAUUUAGAAUGUUCAUUUAAACAGCCUUAAAAUAUCAAAAACUUCCCUUCUUCUUUCUAUGGUUCAAUUUGCAUAACAUAAAUCCCUGCAUAUGGUACCAAUAUUUUUAUUAUAAACAACAAAUUAAACAUGUAUCAACUGUUUCUGAUAAAAAUGUGAUAUCGACAAUGUGUCUCUUAUGUGAAUUGUGUAUUAGUUCAUGCUUAUCAAAAUAAUAAAUAAAAAGUGUUGCCGACACCCCCCCCCCCAAUGGCUACUAGACAUUCUGUUUUGGCACCCAGGUCCCAGGAGCCAUUUGGCUCCUAGCUUUUCUAUCCCAGUUUCUAACGCAGCUUGAUGGACUUGACUGUUGCCCAUCUGCAGUAGGUGACGGGGGCAGAAUUUUUUGUUCAUCUCCUGAUAACACAGAUAAAACAGGAUUGCUCAGCUGGAUAGAGCAUGGUGCUGAUAGCACCAAGGCUGUAGGCUUGAUCCCCAUAUGGAACAGCUGCAUAUUCCUGCAUUGCAGGGGGUCUGGACUAGAUGAUCCUCAGGGCCUCUUCCAGCUUUACAAUUAUAUGAUUGGCUUACUGAACAGCUACAAUAGGCCCUUUUGGCAACCAAAAAUGUAUCUUGAAUGGGCUUCUCGCAUGUUGUGUUCAAUGAUGAGUGCCAGGCAUAAAACUCCAAGGAAAUAUGCUGAAUGACAAUGUGCCAGGAAUAUCUAGAUUUCUGCAGCUGACGUCCCAGAUGUGUUUUGCCCUUCACUUUAAUAGAUCUGGGACUGAUCCUAUGAACUGUUGCAUGUGCACUGUUGCAACUGGAGCAAAAAUGGCAUGGUUGCUAACCACGCCUUUGGGCUAGUGCUGGGACUCAACCCUUUCUGGAUGGUACUGCAAUAUUCUUACAUGGUCUUGUAUCAUCAGAAGCACCAUAAUUGAAGAACUGGACUGAUUGCAUCCCUCUUAAGGCUCAGCUAGCUAGCUAGCCUGCCCGCCCACCACCACUGAGCUCCCUCCUUAGAGGAGAAAGUGGGCAAGAAAAUGGUCCACAAUGGGAUAUGCAGGGCAGGUACUUAACCAGGGUCAGCGUUUCUAGGGCACUAGAUUUCCAUCCAGGGAAAAUUCCUAUAACCUUGUUCAACAGAUCUGCACACAAGUUUCCAGUGUUACUGCUUGUGGAGAGGUUAGAAGCUAAUCUCCCUAGCAAAGGACGGGCUGUAUUGACAGGAAGUGCCGUCACAACCUGUGGCCUUGGUGCUGCACCUGAAUAUCCAGCAGUGGGUGGAAAUGGAAGGGUUGGACUUGGCAUAAGAUAGAGAGACUGUGUGUGUGCUCUUGUCCUGUUCUCACUCAGCUGAGCCUGGGAUUAUCAAACGGAGUACAACUGAGGGACUUGAGCACUCCUUCUCUUUGCAUACUCCACCACCAUAUGGUGAGACAGGGGGAAGUCUCUAGUUACUACACAGCUGUUGCAGCCAUCCAGGCUUCUGUGUGGAGAGCCUCUCUUAACAGAUCACAUUACAAUGAGCCAGCAGAGCCAAGGGGGUAGCCAUAGGGCAGCUCACACCCUUUUUCCAAGUUGCUGUGACAGAAGGGCUAUGUGGAACGUGUGGUCUCUGUGUGGGAUGCCCUGUGCUGCUCAGUCAUAUAUAGCAGAAAAGAAAGAUAAGGAGGCUUCCGACUCCUGGUAGUAAUCUGUGCAAUGGAAAAGGCAAGGAUCUUGAAGUGGUGGCAUUGUCCUAACUUGAAAUACUAUGUCAAAAUAAGUUUCCAAAAUUAUUCCUUCUGGGAUUUGGGGGAAAUGGAGAUUGGGGGCAGAGAAUGAACAGAAGUCACUUCUGACUUCAGAAAGUUUGUGAGUGUGUUUUAAUUGGGGCAAGUGGAAAGAGUAAUCCUCAGGCAGAUGCUCCCUAAAACUAUGGAAUAAAGGACGUGUUUUGAAGAGGGGUUCUUGAAUUUUGGCUGGCCUGGAUAUCCAGCCGCUACAGUCAUACCUCGGGAUGAAUACGCUUCAGCUUAAAUAUUUUUGGGUUGUGCUCUGCAGCGACCCAGAAGUAACGGAGCGCAUUACUUCCGGGUUUUGCCAAUUGUGCAUGCGCAGAUGCUCAAAAUGACAUCACGCGCAUGUGCAGAAGCGGCGAAACGUGACACACGCAGAUGCGUCUUACGUUUGCUUCAGGAUGUGAACAGGGCUCCGGAAUGGAUCCCGUUCACAUCCAGAGGUACCACUGUAUUUGAGGUUGGAGACUGCCUUGUCCCGAGUCUUCUGUCACAUGCAGAAGGGACUUAGGAAGCUACCUUAUAUUGAGUCAGACCAUGAGCUAAAAGAGGCAUUGAUGCCUUUCACCAAUAGAAAUCUUAAUAACCCCCCACAACUCUUAACAUUGCCCAGAUACCUUCAAACCCAUUUUCACAGCAUGAGAACUAGAAACCAACUUUUUUAAAAAGAAGAAAAGAAAGAUGGGGUACUAUUACUAUCUCCUGUGAGUCUCCUAUACUGUUAUGCUCAGAUUCUGGGUGUAUAUGUACACAUUGCUUCGUGCCCCAACAAAAGCAUUUAGUUUCUGCUGAGCACUUCAUUCCAGUUUUUCCACUAUCUCACUAUCUUCUGAGUGGUCUUCAUAUCAGCCUGUGUUGCCACAAAAGAGUUCUGUUUUCUUUAACCUUUUGAAACCUAAGCAAUCUCCCCACAUUCCUUGGGCUUCAUUUACUGGGGGGGGGGGGAGAAUCUAAAUGUAAACAUGAUUCAGCUCUGCAUGCUUUUUGAUCAUAGGCUCUUCUACAGUGGUUAAAACCAUGCAGAUGUUUAAUCCAUGCGCACAUGCUGUCAAACUUGCCUUUGCUUCUGAGUUGGGGUGUCUGGACUUUAUUGUACUUUUUGUUGAAGUCUCCUGCAUCAAAAGCAGUCAAAAUGGAUUGCUUCAGGGAUUUCUCCUAGUGUUGACUGUACACUUCCACACCUGUUUUCAUAGCCAUGACAGCUAGAACCUGGGGCAUGAUCCAGUCAAAAUGAAGCACUUUUUAAAGUGGUCAGUUUCCAAAGUUAGGCAUGUACAGCUGAAAUCAUUUGAACUUUCAGUGAAAUCCUAUGCAUGCCCAAUCAGAAGUGGGCCCGAAUAAAUUCAGCAGGAGUUACUCCCAAGUAAGUGACUACAGUGGUACCUUGGUUCUCGAACUUAAUCCGUUCAACUCCUGAAACCAUUCGAAAACCAUGGUGCGGCUUCUGAUUGGCUGCAGGAGCUUCCUGCACUCAAGCAGAAGCUGCAUCGGACGUUCAGGUUUGUGGCGUUCGGGAGUUGAUUUGUUUGACAGGUAAGUCGUUCGAGAACCAAGGUACCACUGUAUAUGUUUGCAGCCCAUACUGUAGCAGUACUGGAGAGUCAUAGGAUAAGACUGCUAGAAUGCAGCAAGUCAGUAUAAUUAGCCAAAGACUGCACAAGUCAAACCUCUGAUCCAGGUUUCUGGUGGUACUGGAUAACAUUUAAGAUACCAAUUCGGCAACAGCAUUUUGGGGGUGGGGGAGGGAGCAGGCUGAACUAAAGUAAUCCUGAUGAGCUGGGUGGAGCUCUUGUUUUAGAUGCUCUGAGGAAGCAUCAGCCGGAGCAGGAUUUCCUGGUAUUGCAUCCAGGUUCUUGCAGUUCCUCUAGCGGAAAGAUGUUUCACUCGUGUCUUGGGAGCUGUUGGAGAGCUUUCUAGCUCUUGCUAACUCUGGGAAGCUGUGGCUCUCUGGCUCUUGCUGUGCCCUUCUCUUUGAAGAGGGCAACAAUGCUUCAAAGCUGGGGGGCUACUGAAAUGGCCAUGGCACCAACUACAUCAUGUGCUCUUUGUGUGCAGGAUUUUUUCUGGCAGAAAUACCUAGCAUUUGGGAUCCAAAGAGCAGAAGGACUUUAGCUGUUGUUUUUCCCCUUGUUGAGGUCCCAGUCUGCAUCCCGCCCCCCCAUGCCUGCAAUUUGCAUGGAUUUAAACAUCUCCUAUGGGAGAUUCUCUCUUCUUGCCCCUUGCAUUGCAAAUUGCAGGUGCAGGGGGUUCAGCUGGGACCACAGGAGGAAGCAAAGGGUUCAAGUCCCUGCCACUUCCUUUCUUCCUGUGUCGUGGUCCCACUGUUCACCAGGACAUUUCAUCGCCUUAUGGUGAGGGUGGUGCAAAAAGUCCCAGCCCCUCCUCUCUAGCUUGGUGCUCUGGAGGGAGUUGGGAUCAUCCUGUGCUGAGCUUCAGCAAUGGGGAAAAUGCCUUGCCCUUUCUCCAGUCGUGAGGUAGAGCAGAAGAUUAGGGCUGGCUAUUUUGGUGCUGGGACACUGAUGUGCUUGGAGCAUCUUAGAUGACUGACAUCAAAACAAGUCCCUGCUGCCCUUCCCCAGCUUCAGAACCUUGGAGCUGUCGAGAGGAGCAGAGGAUUGUGGUCAAGUCCUGAAGAGACAAUUAGCUGGAAGGACCAUUGCAGAGAAUUCUGAAUGGCCCUUAUUUCAGAAUAAACAUGCAUAUCAAUUGCAUAGAGAGAGGCCAGGUCCUCAUGAUCAAGGCCUGCCAAAAAUCUGUGGCUACUGGCCACGAUAACAGCUAUGUUCUACCUCCAUGGUCAGAGACAUCAUGCUUCCAAAUAAAAUACCAGUUGCUAGAAAAUGCAGGAGAGUGUUCUUGUGCUCAGGUCCUGCUUUCCAGGCUUCCCAUGGGCAUCUGGUUGGUCAUUAUGAGCACAGGAUGCUGGGUUAGAUGGGCCACUGGCCUGAUCCUGCAGGUUCCUCUUAUGUUCUGUGGCCCCCUGUUCCUUGGUAUCUCACUUUGGAUUCUGCAUCAUCUGCAGACCUGGAUCAUGGCUCUGUCUCAGCUGGUGGAAAAAAUAAUGGAAGAACAUAUGAAAUGAUGUACUUGCCAGCCAAUCAACUUACUCCCCCAUUUUGGGAGGCACAAAAUAUUACCCAUACUGAAGGCUGCCUCAGUUUCUCUUUCUCACUUGGAGGGGGAAUCAUGAUCCUUCCCAGAAAGGGUCUCAAAACUGUCUCCUCCUUCUGUCUUUUUUUGGGGGGAGGGGGUGGGAUUGCAUCUUCAUUCGACCAUUCCUGUUUAGCUUGUCUGUCAAUAUAAAUGCCUCUCCUGUCUGAUGGCCACAGUUUCCCGGAGGCUCUUCGAAGGCCCUUUCCCCCCUUGUCUGUGGGUUUUAUUCAUAAGCUAUUUACACUGUCCCAUUUCCCAAAACCAAUCUCAGUUUGGGAAAGAGAGAGUGCCCAAGAGCAGGAAAUGCCAUUCCCUUGGGCUUGUGGGGGGAACUUCAGCUGGGGGAGCUUGAAAACAACACCACAGAGGGGGAGAUUGCAUUUCCCCCUUCCAUCAGGGGUCUGUCCUUCCGCCCUGGCUUCUCCUUCAGCUCUGGUCCACUGAGCGGCUCUGGGCUUUGCUCUCCAACCUCCCCUGGGCACUCCUAUCUUUGUGUCUCCAUCUCCUGUAUCUCUGGGCAGGGCAGGGUGCCAAAGCCCUGCAAAACCUGCUGCUUUUCUCUACUCCACAGUGAUUGUUUUGAAGAGGCCCAUACCAGAUCUUGGCUUUGAAAAGCAAGUUUAUUCUAGAUUGUGAGUAAUAUUAACAUUCUCUCCUUUGGUCUUAAAAGUUUGUUUUCAUACAUUACUCAGCAGGUCUGGCAGUUUCUUUAAAAGGACAUGUUGGCCCUCUCUUCUGCAAGCCCCUUGAUGCUCCCUUUGUUAUGCAGAAUGUCAUGGCAUGCGCCAGAAAAGAGCUUGCCUGCUGUAAUAUACUCAUAGAUUCCUAUCUAAAUCACCCGGGUUCUGCUGACAUCAAGAAUACACUGCUGGUGUGGCUUGAUAACAUUUUAUCUCAAAGCAGCUGUAGGCCCUCCCUCCUUCCCCACCCCCCACAUAUACCUUCAAUACAGGGCCAUCCCACCUCUGUGACCAAGUGGGCUGCAAGACUACUUCAAUCCAGAACCCAGAGGCCACACAUUGAAUUAAAUUUCCAUGUCACCUGUGUGUACAUAUGUACAUAGUUUGUGUAUUACUAAAGCAGCCUGCUUUCUGUCUGUAUAGAUAGCAAUCCUUGCUGCCCCCUGGAAAACUCCCUGAUUUAGGAAGCCCCACGUAUCUAUGUGCCAUGUCUCAUUUCCAAAUUUAUCUUCCUAGUGGUCACUGCAAAUAAUUCAGCAGCCCACCCAACAUUCCAUUCCUCUCCUUUGUGCCUUGGCUGGCUGUGUGUUGGAGACAGGGAAGUAUCUGAGUUAACUGUGUAAAAAUAUUUGCUAACCCAGAACAAAGGGAGUGAGGAAAAUACAACUGGUUACCCACCUCUCCCUUACCAAUGAAUGGAAAGUGCUACAGUGAGUUGAAAUGGGCUGUGCGGCAGACUCUAGCAAAAGAAGGCUGAAGUAUUCAGCAAUUCUCCUUCUGUGGCAAGGGGUAGUGAACUCACAGGACUUGUAAAUUUGAUGUCUUUGGGAAUGCAUAGCCAUUACUUCAUAUUAUCAGUGAUGAUAUUUGGAACACAGAAGCGAUGCUAGUCUUUGCCUGGAGAGUUUACAGGUUGUUGUUUUUUAAGGAUAAGGAGGAUUGGAUGUGAAUUCGAUGAAGCAUAUUGAGCCUUCCCCACUGAAUGCUCAACCUGUAAUCUUCGUGGUGGGAGAUGAUGGUUUAGAGAAGACAUUACAGGCUUUGAGGAAAGGAUAGAAAAUGGAAUAAGGGAAUAGGGGUGGUGGUGGGCUGCUCAGGUGUAACAUGACAGGCAAAUGCAAUGAAAAUGGGAAACAGAUGAGCUUCUGGACCCUUUUAUGAUGCUGAGACCUCAACCAGGAGAUGAUUGGCCUGAUUAAAUUGCUUAAUCUAUCAACCUUUCACACAGCCCAUUAUUAGUAUAAGUACACAACAGGCAUCUUACAUAGUGUGGCAUGUUUUAAUUUUCCCCUGCCCCCCACAAUACCUAGUUCAAAAGCCCUGGGGCUGUUAGUAUGCUAAACAGCUGGAAAGCUUUCAGUUCUAUUUGCUCCUUCUUUCUGGUUAGCCGACCACAAAAAUGUUUUCAGAGAUUCUUUUAAGCAACCCAAUAAUAUUUUCUUUCCCUGUUGCUUCCUCAUUAUUGCAGUUCAAGGCUUCUUUCAUAGAACGCAGCACUGAAGCAACAAUUAAAACCAUUAAAACAGUCAAUGAUAAGUGGUUGCCACUGAUAUCCAGCUGUGUGGCUUGGUGGUGUGAAUCUAACUAAUUUUGUAUACAUCUCACUGCUGGGGGUAGGGUUGUGUCCUCCUGGGUAAAUGUUUUGUUUAAAUAACCAGAUGGAUCCCUUGUGUCGGAUUUUGUGAACACUCUUUUAUGUGGCAUCCGUUGCACAUUAGGAUAAUUAUAUGUAAAAAGUUACAGACUGAUCCCCGGUGCUGAAGAAACAGGCCAUGUUACCUAGCUGCCCAUAUCCACGUAUUUUAAUUGUUACUGAAUUCAUACAGUGUUGUUGUUUUUCAAACUGCUUUUCAAAGCAUAUUAGAACUUGUCUAAUUAAAAACAUGAUUUACUAAGAACAUAUAGUUGUCAUUUGUUUACUUUCAGCUCCUGUCCUUGCCUUCCUUUGUAUCUUCACAUUAUCAAAGCUUAGAUUAUAAGCUUUUCUCUCAUUCAUUCAUUCAUGUGUCACUCAGUAAAGCACCGCUGAUGACAUCAGUGUGUACUGCAGGGAUGGUGAACCGGUGACCCUUCAGUUAUUCUUAAGACAUUAUAUUGUAAUGAAUAAUGCAAACAUAUUUAUAUCAUGACUUAUUGUAUGGAUCAAUCCUCCUCCUCCUUAGUGAUCACUUAUAGCCAAGUAAGAUUGUCUUCCAUGAACAAAGAAGUGUCCAUAGGUGACUGUGGAAGCCAAUUCUGGAUCCACACAGUGGAGAUAUAGGUUUCCGGGUGGGAGUUGAUCAUGGUGAGGGUUUGCCAAAUGUGCCUUCCUCUGAGCCUUUCAAAGUCCAUGACACCUUUGGUAAAGGCUGUUCUCCACUUGGAGCACUCGCAGGCCAGUGUUUCCCAAUUGUCAGUGUUUAUAUUACAUUUUUUAAGAUUUGCCUUGAGAGAGUCUUUAAACCUCUUUUGUUUACCACCAGCAUUAUGCUUUCCAUUUUUAAGUUCGGAAUAGAGUACAGUGGUACCUCAGGUUACAUACGCUUCAGGUUACAUACGCUUCAGGUUACAGACUCCGCUAACCCAGAAAUAGUGCUUCAGGUUAAGAACUUUGCUUCAGGAUGAGAACAGAAACCGUGCUCCGGCGGCACAGUGGCAGCAGGAGGUCCCAUUAGCUAAAGUGGUGCUUCAGGUUAAGAACAGUUUCAGGUUAAGAACGGACCUCCGGAACGAAUUAAGUACUUAACCCGAGGUACCACUGUACUUGCUUUGGAAGAUGAUAAUCAGGCAUCCCAUCAACAUGGCCAGUCCAACAAAGUUGAUGUUGAAGAAUCAUUGCUUCGACAUUGGUGAUCUUUGCUUCUUCCAGUACACUGACAUUAGUUCGCCUGUCUUCCCAAGUGAUAUGAAAGUUUUGGGGGGGACAUUGUUGAUGGAAUCUUUCGAGGAGCUGGAGAUGGUGUUUAUAAGUAGUCCAUGUUUCACACGCGUAUAGUACGAUUGGUAGUACAAUGGCUUUGUAAACAAGCAUUUUGGUUUCCCUGAAAAUGUCCUGGUCCUCAAACACUCUGCACUUCAAUCAGGAGAAAGCUGCAUUUGCAGAGCUCAGGCGAUGCUGGAUUUUGGCAUCAAUGUCAGCCCUUGUGGAAAGAUAACUGCCCAGGUAGGAAAGUGAACAUUUCCCAAUGUUAUACCAAGAACUUCCAAGAAGUCCUCAAUGGCAGAACAGGCGGAUGAUAACAAGCGGUAUGUUACAAUGGCUGUGAAGGUGGAUGAAGGCUGCAGCAGAUAAGAAUCUACGGUCGUUGUGAUAAUCUUGCCAUCGGUAUAGAGCCUCACUGCGAAGACUAUGUGUUGGUCAGCAUGCACUGAUAUCCACACAUAAAACAAAUUCACGCACAGGCAUCUUCCAAAAACCCAUCCCAAACCCGCAUAAUGAUAUGGGGCAUAGUUGAUAAUAGAUAAUCUUCAGUGGCGACUUUAGCAGCUCUUUUCUAACUUGGAAGGAGUAAAAUCAAUAUAAAAGGGGAAAAUAAUAAUCUGCAUCUGUUUUGAUGUUUCAAAACAUGUUUUUCACCCUUCAACAGAACUAACUUUUAUUAUCCCAGAAUGCUGUAACCAUUGCAACACAGUCUUCAAAAGAAGCUAUUAUCUUGAUGUUGCAGUUUAUACACAGGAACUGAAGCAGGGUUUACAAUUUUUUGCUAUAAAUCUAUUCUGUCUAGUUGGGCUCUGCCACAUGCUUUCAUAUUCACCAAUUAUCCCUAGCUUCCCAGAUGGCCCUUGUUUUAAGAUGCCACAGUGUUCCUGUUCCAUCUUUUACUGUACUGAGAUUUUUCUUGCGGGGGGGGGGGGAGAAUAUCUUGCUAGAGUAUAUUCCGUAUUCAUGUGUUUAGUACCUGUAGAUACUGAACACCCAGCCUAGCCUCAUUCAUUCGAGUGAAGCCAACACAAAUGUGCUAGCCAGACACACAAGCCCAGCACGCAAUAGUCUUCUUUCAGACGGAUGCCAAUGUGAGCGCAGGUGUAUGUGUGUAAGGGCCCCUCCAUGGGAAUGGGAACUCUGCGCCAUCAGGGAGAGUCCCAGCUGUGCACAUAUGGUUCCCUUCAGACUGAUACAGAUCACUUGCUACCUGGGGUGUGUGAUCAGUAUCUGGGGGUGGGGUUAGCCUGCACAUUCUUGAGACCCCCUUUGCCCCUUCAGGACCCAUGGGUACUGAAUGCAUGCCUGUGCACUUGGGCUCAGUGCCAUGUUGUUGGGGCCUCCAGAAUUACCUCUGAGUAGGGGAAAUGCAUCUCUGCUCCAGCACACACGUGUGUGAAUGUACACAACAAUGCACAUGAACACAAAAAUGCCGGUGACCUGCUUCUCUUCCUUCUUUCCAUCCACCCACCCCCUGAACUUUCUGUCCCUGCAGCAAAUGUUGCGAAAUAUGUUUGAGUAGCGGCUAUUAUCUAAUAAAUCCAGCCAGAUCCACUGUGAUAUUAAACAGUUUUAAUGUGUGUGUCAAAGAGAAAAGGUUAUGGUCCGUUUACUACUAACACACCCUUCUCCGGAAUCUGCUGCUGGACCGACUUCCUUAUGAAAUCAGCGAAUGUUAUCUUGUGAAGUAAGUGAAUGUUAUGUGCAGUGAACAGAAAUGUCUAAUGGCUGGGCCGGUAAUGGAGGUGCUGGGGAGUUAGGAGAACAAUCCUUGGUGUGAGAAUAGGGGUGUUACAAGCCUGCAGGUGCCCCCCUCCCAUUUUUCAUCUGUGAAUGCUUUGGGAAUGGGGUGCAAAAAAGAGCAACUUAAGGACCGAGAUGAGUGUGUAUGUGUAGGAUAUAUAUUUCCAUGCAUAUUCCAUCGUUCUCCAUAUGGCACAUGCCUAACAGCAGUAGUAAAAAGUGCAAUGCAAGUAAUAAUAAUAAAAAUCACAAACAUGUGACCGCAGGUUUUGGCUUCCCCACCUUGCCUCCAUGUACAUGGUCUGCUUUUAAGACUUGUUCUCCUUCCCUGCUUCCGUUUUGCAUUGGAGAAACAUGCUAAAGCAGCAAAGCUGAGGGUUGUAAGGUGGUGGAGAAUUGGUGGUUUCUGCUCUCUUCCCCUGCACACUCCCAAAGUAUAAGAAGAACCCCCUUCCCACUCCAGCUUUAGAGCCAAAGUUGUGAGCCCAUGUUGUUUAAUAUACAUGCACACUUCUGGUUUUGACUUAAAACAACAUGGCGUGAAGUUCCACUGGGCUAAAUAGGAUUUACUUCACUGUAAAUACAGUAUGUUUAGUGUUGCCCCUUUAAAGGGUAAUUUUUAAGCCAGGCAUGGUGAACCCGUGGGUCUCCAAAUGUUGUUGGGCUCUGACUCCCAUCAGCAUGUCCAGCAUGGCCCAUGUUCUGGGAUGAUGAGAUUUGGAGUCCAACACCCUCUAGAGGGCCACAGGUUCCCCGCCCCUGGGGAAUAAACAUCACCCUAGUCGUAGGCAGCUGUUUAUCCAUGAGCAGCUUCUGAACAUCUGGGCAACCAACCAUGAGCACUGAUCACUCAGUUUCUGGCCAUGGGCUCAGUACAUGAUGGACAUGUGUGGAGCUGUAGCUCAGUGGCAAAGCAUCUGCUCUUCAGGCAGAAGGCCCUUGGUUGAAUCCCCAGCGCCCCAGGUAGGGCUGGGUAUGUUCCCUGCUUGAAACUCUGGAUAGCUACUGACAGUCCAUGUCAACAGUACUGAGCUAGAUGGACUAAUGAUCUGAACUCACUGAAGGGCAGAUUCUUAUAUUUCCAUGACAUCCUAUGGUAGCGUUUAAAGGACCCAUAUUCUGAGUGGUAGAGCUAUACGCCCACCCUCCCACAUUUAGGGCUGAUCUCACUUCUAUUAGCUUUUAAAAUCUAUUGGCUUUGUUAUUGUGUUGAGCAGUUGGGCCAAACAUGCUGCUAAGCAUUUGGUUCCUUGAUUGAGCUUUCCUGUACAAUGUUGUUGGCAAUUAAAUGCUGCUUUUAUCUAGCAAUCGCAGUUCAUGCAUGCCCCGCAGCCAGACCUCAGUUCCUUUCCAAGCUUAUUUAUCUAAGCCUUGCAAAAUCUGAACUGGUAGACCAAAUCGGAGCUCCUUGCACCUUCGCCAGUAAGAAAUGUGUAGAAUGGAAUUUACCAAUGGAACAGAAUAACAAAGACUUAAAACGGGCUCAUGUUUUACCGCAGAACACGGAAAUGUGAUAUCCAAGAAUGCAAAUAGAAGCACAUCUAGUCUGGUUUUCUUGGCUUUAUUUUUAUCAUCCUCAUGGAUAUGGGGACAUCACAAAAAUGAACUUCAUUUUUUUCCUCCUAAAUUUUGGCAGGGACACCGUUUAAAUUUCCCUGGGAGACAAGUUUGUGUACAUAGGACAUCAGUGUCCUAUAUUCCAGUGGAUGUGCAGCAGAACAUUGAAUAAUAUCCAGCAAAGCUUACUUCCAGUGUUCACUGCUUUGAUCAAUACAAUACCUUUAAAGCACCUGACACAAACCCAAAAGAAUCCUGCAAACUUCAGUUUUGUCCACUCACAGUUAAAAAUCCAAGUCCCUUUAACAAAUCACAGUUUCCAGGAUUCUUGGGAGGGCAUCAUGUGCUUUAAAGGUAUGGUAUGUGUGCAGUUUAACUCUUCCUUUCCAAAGCAGUUAUUUAUGCACUUUAAAAAUAAUAAUCAUAAUCAGUCACACUUGCUGAAAGCUAGGGUUCUACAGAUUGAUCAGAGCAGCAAACACUGGAGGCAACCUUGACUGGAUAUUAUCCAGAGUUCUGCUGAACUCUGUAUACUUUAAAUGUGUGUGUGCAGCCUUACUAUUUGACCUCUUAGCCAGUUAGUGGAGCUGUAGCUCAGUGGUGAAGUGCAUACAGUCGUACCUUGGUUCCAGAACGCCUUGGUACUCCGAUGUUUUGGCUCCCAAACGCCCCAAACCUGGAAGUGAGUGUUCCAGUUUGUGAACGUUCUUUGGAACUUGAACAUCUGGUGGGGCUUCUGUGGCUUCAGAUUGGCUGCAGGAGGUUCCCGCAGCCAAUCAGAAGCUGUGCUUUGGUUUCUGAACAUUUUGGAAGUUGAACAGAUUUCCAGAAUGGAAUCCAUUUGACUUCUGAGGUACCACUGUACUUUGCAUGCAAAAAUCCCAGGUUCAACCUCCAUCAUUUCCAGGUGGGUCUGAGAGAGAAGACUCUUUGCUGGAAUCCUGGAGAGAGGCUGACAUUGUAGUGACAAAACUGAGCUGGGUGGGCCAUUGAAUUGAUCUGAGGUAGCUUCCUGUGUUUUAGUUCAUUGGUACUUCUUUAUGGUUUGCAUAUAUUUCCCAUAUUCAGACAAUGUGUUGUGUAAUAGUGGAGUUAGCACCAGUAGGACCCUUCCCUGUCUUAAAAACAAGAUAGUUGCUUCUCCAGGGGAAUUUCCUGUUGUAAACUUUAAAGUUUUCACAUAAUCCUGCUAUUUUCCUCUUCCCCUCCCUAGAGCACACAAUUCCUCCAUUUUUUUCUAAUAUUUGCAUUGAAUUAACUCUGUGCUAAAGCAUAAAUAAUAAAAAAGAUUAAAGGUAGAUAAAUAUGUGCUUAACAUUGAGAAGUACACCAAAUAUUGUAUUGGUCACAGUGAGUUGGAGCCAAGGAGACAGUAUUAGCCUAUGCUUAGGUUUUGACUCAAUGCAGUAAGCCCCAAUACAGUGGCACCUCACGUUAAGUACUUAAUUCAUUUCGGAGGUCCGUACUUAACCUGAAACUGUUCUUAACCUGAAGCACCACUUUAGCUAAUGGGGCCUCCUGCUGCUGCUGUGCUGCCAGAGCACGAUUUCUGUUCUCAUCCUGAAGCAAAAUUCUUAACCCGAGGUACUAUUUCUGGGUUAGCGGAGUCUGUAACCUGAAGCGCAUGUAACCUGAAGCAUAUGUAACCUGAGGUACCACUGUAAUGCUUUGUGCUGCAUAAGACAUAUGAUGCAUUUACUUCGAAUCUUUGCACAGGCUCUUGCCUAAUUCUUUGAGGAAAUUCAAAGAAUUGGCGUUUUCCUUGUAUACUUGAGAAUAUGUUCAUUCAGAAGUUUAUUUCUUGUUUCAGCUCCCUCCCCACCCCACCCCCCAACAACUUUUAAAACAACCUAUUAUUGUAUCCUCAAAAUGAGCAAUUCCGUGCACAGAAUGUGAAACGUCAAAUUAGGCGCAUCUACAAAGCGGCCAGAGAGCAAACAAACAAAGAUCAGAAAUAGCAAUGUCUGUACAAACACUCUGUCUCUGUUUAUAUGAUUUGGUAGCACUGUCAUUGUAUGCAGGAGGCAAUUAGGGAGAAGCUGGUCUCUCCCUUCUCUUGGCCUUCAGCCUUAAGUGAGGAAAAUUAAGACCCAUGUUGGGGUUCUUCCCCGAUGUCUUCAGCAUUGAGGAAAGCAUUAUUUGCCCCUAGGCUGCUGUAGGCAGGAAAGAUAGACCUAAAGCCUCCAUCCUUUAUAAUAAACUGAUUGCAUCAUGCUAAUGCUGUCUCUGUAUAAUAGGAAUGGCCACUUCAUAGGAUUGAAAGGCAAAACUCCUGUGAAUUGAUAUAUGAACAUUAGAAUCAGGCCAUUGGUUCUUCUAGUUCAGUAUAAUUGACAAGGACUGGGAGUUGCCACCCUCCAGACCACCUGUUGAAGGGGCACAAAGAAGGGCCUCAGGUGAUGAUCGCAGGGUUGGUUCAUAUGGGGAGAGGCAGACCUUGAGGUAUUGCAAUCCUGAACCCAUUCAAAAAUCUUCACUGCAAAUGCUGGCAAAUUGGGAAUUGCAUGCAGUUUGUCAUGUGCAGUGUUUAUUUAAAUGGAAUGGAAGAGAAGCUAGUGUUGAGGCAUGUAGAAGAUGAAUGUGAUAAGGUGAUUCCUUUGUCCUAAUAAGGACACUCCUUCAUAGAUGGGAAUAUAAUUUGUGUGGGGUGUUGCUUCAGGGACGCCCAAAGGGGCUGAUCAUACUUCUGGGUGUCAUAUUUUACAGUCGUGCUACAUAAUACUGCCCUUUGAGUACGGAAUUUGAAUUCUCAACCGUCGGUCUCUCCAUGGUCCUAUACAUUUGGCCGAGGAAUGAUUCCCUUGGAUGGAGACAUUUUAAAUAUAGGCAGGCAUGAGAUGCCAUUCUGUCACAUGAGAUGACCCAUUGAUAAUGCUGUAGAAAUUAUUCUGGCCUGAUGGGCUGAUAAAUGGUUUAGGACAAACACCAGCUUGAAUAUUUAUCAUUUGGUGGUGCUGGAACAAAUUGUUCUUAGUACACACACAUGUUCUUUAUUUCUCCAGUUGAUGCCGAAUGCUCAUCUUGAGCUGUGGAAAUUGGAGAGACUUCUGAACUUCAGAGAGCCACACCAGAGUAAUUUCAUGUAAGCAAGGAGAACUGCGAGGCUUUAUUGCCCCAAACUGGGUUGAGGGUGUGUCAAAAGACAACACCACUUUUAUAGGAAGAGCAUCCUAAAGCAACUCCUGCUUUGAGGGAUUUUUUUUUCUUUGCUCCCUCUUUUAAGUUAAGCCUUUUCCACUUAGGGGUCUGGCCAAGAACAGUGUCAGAAUAAUAAGCUGGGGAUCAAACAGUUGGUAGGUGUUCUGCUUUCUAAAGGAAUGUUUACUUUCUUUGUGAUAGUAAGCCAUCUUAUGGGUUGUUCCCACUCCAUUCCUUGGUCUUUUGCAUUCUUGAAACCACUUCAGACGUUUGCUUUUGCUCCACAGAAGAAAGCCUGGUCAGUGGUCUUACCUUUCCCCUGCAUAGCAGGGCUGGGGGCACUCAAAUUUGGCCCUUCAAGUCACUCUGAUCUGGCUCCUGGGUCUCUCUGCAGGCUGCCACCUCCUCCCCAACCACACCUCCUGCUUGGCCCUGCUUUGAGUGUUUUUUGCUUUGCUGCAAUGUGUCCUUGAACUCUGGCAAUGCUCCCCUGGAUGGAGGGACAGAGAGUGUUGUGUGAGCAUGCAUCAAAACUAGCAAAAUGUACAAAGUUCAAAUUCACAUAUAUUGAUUGCUCUGGCCCCACCUACCACUUGCAGGUGGCCCCCAGAAGGGAAUGUGGCCCUUGGGAUGAAAAAGAUCCCUGUCCUUCUCUUGUUGGUCCUCUCAUUUUCCUUCCCCUUCCCUCAUUUCACCAGCUGCCAAGCUGCCACCCUCAGUACAUUACCUAUAACAAGGGCAGCCCAUGUGGUGCACUACAGAGCAUAUACACCAAUGCCCACCAACCCCAACCAGCAUAGCCUAAUGGUUAGAAAUGCUAAUAUUUGUAGUUCAACAAACUCUGGAGGGCACCAUGUUGGCGAUCCCCAUCCUAUGGUAAGCCUCCUGGACUGUGGCUAAUAUAAGAAGUCUGGCCUUUUGUUUUUACUCUACAGGUUAUCAGGAUUUAUUUUAAGAAACCGUAAAUGAAACCAAGCCAGCUAGACAAUGGAAACGCAAGACCAUCACCACCAUCCCCCGCUGCAUUUUAAUUCCAUUCUUUGAAAUGACUGGAUUUUAUGUUCAUCUUUCAAGGCUGAUUUUGUAGGGUUAUCAGAAAGGGAACAUUAAUCAUCCUGAUCUUAUAGUGAUAAAAGCCCCAUGAGGCAUAGAUCUUUUCUUGUUUUACAGUGAGUUCAUCAUGAUGGGAAUUCUUUCCUCUCUUCUGCUAAUCUGGGCUGAAAAAUGAGGCGUGCUGGUCUUUGAUCUCUGAGACUGAUGCAUGGAUGGAGCAGGUUAAUGCUUCCUUGUGGUAAUACUAAGGGGUCAGCAGGUCUGGUUAAUUUGUUAUGAACUCUUAGUUGGUUUUAUGUGUGCGUGUUUGUUAAAGGAGUGGAGCACUAAUGUGGCUGGGUUGUGGAGUGGAACUGCCAUGCCUAUCAGGACAAUGGGUUUGUAAACUCUUUUUGUGAACUCUUGCCAGCAUAUAUCGUUCCUAAUAAUUCUCAUCUGAUGGCACAACUGCUAUGGGAGUAUAGGUGUUCAAUUGAGUUAUACUCAGUGGUAUUAAUGAACAUUAUUACAUGGGGCAGCUUUUCCUAUGAAGGAAGCAAGUGUGUAGAUUGGGAGCAUUCACUGUUUCAAAGUUCUCAUUGGAGGCUCACCUGCCUUCAAUGGAAAGGAGUGCUUGUGCCCAUCUACGGUGAGUGCCAGAAGUGGCCAUUCCUGGACUGGCAUAUCCUGGCAUCAGUCCAUGCUUCAAUAACCACUCAUUUGGACAGCUUAAUGUGCUGUACAUGGGGCUACCCUUGAAGAUGGUCUGAAGGCUGCUGUUAAUGCCAGGCUAUAACUUGUGAUAGUUACACCAAACCUUCAAACUUUGUCAAGCCUGCCUGUUAACCACUGGACCAAAUUCAAUACCCUUCAACGUGAUGCAGCCAAAAUCUGGGACACCAUCUUCCAGGUCUGAAAUCCUGCACAAGUCAUGUGACCCAUGUGAGAUCGCGGACCUGGAAAAAAGCACUUUUAUCUGGCACAGCACCUGGAAAUGCGUGUUUUGGGGCAUUGCACAAGAUCGUGGACCCAAAAAAAUGCUGCCCAAAAGCAUCUGAGAGCAAGGUGCUAAAAAUGGCUGCCAUGCUCUCAUGGGGAAAAACGAGGAUGUCCCAGUUUUUCCAGGCCAGUUGUCGGGUAUGGUGUUGGUGUGCAAAGUCCAGUAUGAUGAGGCCCAAAUACUUAAGAGGACGUACCUUCCCCAAUUCGUGCAGACAGGUAUGUUUUACCUAUGAAAAAUAGUGCUGAGCAUCUUGGUCAUUGCUUUCUUGCUUUCACUUUCUAGAUUGUUAAGCCUGUUUUUCCUGUGGUGACCAGUGUUUGGGCAACUCAAGUAGAUGCAUGAAUUAAGAACAAUCACACACUUACAAUUUCUAUAGAGCUUUCAGUGUGUGUUACGAGACAAUGAACUGGUAGACGUGGGUGUAGAGAGGGAGGUAUAUUUCUAGCUGGAAUUCCUGUCAACCUGGGAAACGGCAGGAACAAAGGAACAAUUCUGAGAGAGUUGUGUUUCCCCUCAGAAAUGAUGGCCUCAACUUCAGACUCCUCACUUCCAUGGAAAAUAAGUUAUGAAUGGAACUUGUACAAAGCUUUUUGGAACGGUUGCAGUAGUGUUGAAAAGUGAUAAUGAAUGUAUGUGGUCCUUGAACUCUGGCUUGUAAGAGAGAAAACUGUGGUCAACAUCCAUAGUAGGUACCAAGGCUGAAGCACUGAGUGUCUAGGAUAGUAGCUGAGAUGCUGGCAAAAGAUGAUGGCAAAGUUAAGGUGUAAGAGAUCAUUUUGAAGGGAAGGAAAUGGAAGACUGACCAUCUCCUGCUCUCCUAUGUUUAGAUUGUUGAGUCCUUAGCAUGCUUGUAAAAAUUAGGGUAAGCGGAUGCAUGCUUUGCAUGCAUAAAAUAGCAGGAUCCUGGUGUCUCCAGAGGGAAGGAAUCAGAUAGCAGGUAGAGGGGCCAGGUGAAGAAGAGGACAAGGGCUCCUGCAAGUUUGGUAGGUGGGUAGAAGAGGAAAUUUGGCCCAUAUUUUAACUUGGUCUAAGGUAGCUUCACAUGGUGUGUAGAAUAGAUAUGCACUGUUUUCUCCAUGCAUAUGGCCGAUUUUGACAUCUUGAAAGGUUGCAUAUCUUUCUACAUCAUUCAUUCUAAUAAUCUGCCAGGAAAACAGUAGGUGUUGAAUUGGUUGCGCUGUAGCCAGUGCAUACAAAUCUCCUGGAGUACAUUUUGUGCCUUCAGCAUACUAUCCCUUAAUCAAGUCCUCUCAAGAUUCACUUCCUUUUCUGUUUUUGGAUAUGUCCAUCUAUUUAUGAGUUUCAAGAUGGGGUAGGGAAAAGUGCUCUCUGAAGGCUUGUUUUGUUUACUUCCUCAAUAAGUCCUCUACUUUCAGGCAGCUGAUUGUCUUGGGGUCUGAGCAACAGGAAGUGCUUUGUAUUAAGCUACAAACAAUGGUUAUUCUCUGCCCCCCACCGCCUUUUGGCCUUCACCUGGAACUGGAAGGAAGUGCUUGUAAUGAGGAAGGAAGGCAGGGCGUCAGAGGCUCCCACACUUGCAAGUUUCUAUAUCCAGAAGCCUGCAAAUAGAGAUGCUAGCUAGAUGAAGGCACUAUGGAUACAUGGUUGAGGAUGAUUACGUACUCGGCCUUUCCCAAACUAAUCUUCUGUACUUCCUUCCUCAGAUCUGAAUUUAGAUAUGAGAGAUCCAAGUCCUCAUUAUUUUAGGAAAGAAAGAAUUUAGGCUGCAAUCCUCUAUUCACUUACCUGGGAGAAAGCCCCAUUAAAUGUUAUAGAGUUUACUUCUGAGUAGACAUGCAUAGGGAUGCACGGUUUCUCAUUAGAUUUUCCUGUGCUAUGUUUAACAACUUGAAUGGAAGGUUGGUCUCUGGUCAGCCAGGUGCCUUCCAGAUGUUUUGGACUACAACUCUCACCAGGCUCAGUUAGCUCAUUUCUGCUGACUAGGGUUGAUUGGAGUUGUAGUCCAAAACAUCUGGAGGGCACCAGGCUGGCAAAGUCUGGCUGCUCUAGAUAGCAUUCCAUGCUCAAGCACUGAAACAUGUCCUGGUGAAAGGGAAGUGACAAAAACUUCUUGUACCUCUGUGUUUUCCUUGGGUCUUGUGUUAUUUGUUGGGUUUUUGGACAGGAUAGCAUUUGAACAUGGAACAAGAAGCAUGGCACAUCCGACUUCUGCACAAACCACAGCAGGGUCUGCUUUCUGAUCUCAAAGUAGGCAAAAGGUAAAGGAGAUGCACACCAUUUACUGGGUACUAAGCGUAGAUUUCCAGUACCGUGGGCUAGAACCAUUUCCCAAAUGUUUGUUAUCUCAGCAGAGUUCAAGAUAAAAAUGGCCCUAAUACUUCCUGUACCCAAACAUUAAAAAAUACUCACAAAUUUAGAGAAAUGAUCAGCUAGAAGGCUAGCAUUAAAAAACCAAACAUCCCUUCCGGUUAGGCUACGCCUAGUGUGUGAACGCUUAAAAAUAAACGCCAUAUGGCAACCCUAGCAAGUGUGAAAUGUUCACUAAUACUAUAAGUAGGUGAGGGAGUCCACAUAACCUGCUCAGUGAACUAAGAAGCUGGGAGGGGCGAUCCUUGCAUUCACCUGUUCAGAUCCCUCCAUCUCCUCAAUCUACUUUGAUGUGGAUUUUUCAGUUCCUCUAAAAGGAUGCAGAGAUGCCUUUUGAUGUUUGUUUGAUUCCCCCUUUUGAGGGCUUUGUGGCUUCACAGCCACAGCUGAUUAAGCUGCUAUGGCUAAUAUUGUUUAUUGACAUACAAUCUUCUUGCAUCCUUCACAGAGAGCUUGAGCUAGCUGAGUUCCUGGAACCUUAACUCUUCCGCCAACAUCAGACCAUGGGGUGAUCCCUUUAAUAUUACUCCCCCCCCCCCAAGCCAAUGCUCUUUUAGCUCUUCAGCCUAAGGGGGUAGGAGAGAAAUCCUCAAAGAGAAGCUUAAGGUGUUACUCAUUAGGGAAGUAUAGUCUAAGGGCCACUGUGCACAAAAUUACCGUACUUGGUAUACAGACAUGCCAACUAUGUAAGAAAGUCGUGGGAAAAUAAAAUUCAGCUAAGACACAUUAGAGGCUGUUUCCCUUUCACUCAUAGUUCUUUGAAUCCCACCUGACAUACCUAUUCAGAUGUACAAAAUAGUUCUGCUGAUUCUGCUCUUCAAGAAUACCAGGCAUUUGUUUUUGUUAAGAAGAAUUUAUGAACUAUUUAAUCAAGGAAUCUCUCAGUGAUGUACAGGUACAUAGAAUAAUGUAAAGCAAAUUAUCAGUAUACAAAUAAAUUAGCCAAGUUUAUAUAUACAGUGGACACUUGGGUUGCGAACGUGAUCCAUGCGGGAUGCACAUUCACAACCCGCAGCAUUCACAACCCGCGUCUGCACAUGUGCAGGUUGCAAUUUGGUGCUUUCUGUGCAUGUGCAAAGCGUGAUUUAGCGCUUCUGCGCAUGCGCAACCGCCGAAACCUGGAAGUAACCCAUUUCGGUUCUUCCAGGUUUUGGCGGUCCGUAACCUGAAAAAACGCAGCCUGAAGCAUCUGUAACCUGAGGUAUGACUGUAACUUGUUCACAUAUAUAUAACUUUGUGUUUAUAUAUUUUUGUUCUAAUUAUUUAUUAAAUUUGUAUACCACCCUUCAUCUGUAGAUCUCAGCCAAAGUUCAAAACACCAGUGCACAUACAUUUGUCUCAGAAAUCCUCACAACUACCAUGUAAAGUAGGCCAGUACUUUACAUUUUGAGUUUUCCCUGGGAAAGGAGUGGGGGGUAAGCGGAAAACUGCUCAAACCAAUAUUUUCUAGGCAUAGGGUAAGCAGAAGUGUAGAUGAACCCUUCCUUCCUUCCUUCCUUCCUUCCUUCCUCCCUCCCUCCCUCCCUCCCUCCCUCCCUCCCUCCCUCCCUUCUAUCCAAAAGACCUCUGAACACUAGGUAGGAGGAGAGCGCUCAUUAUGCACAUGGACUCUCAGUUCAACAGAUGGUAGGAAAUGAUGUUUCUGCCAAAGAGACAAGGCCAGCAUGGGGGGCCCCACCCCGCACUUCAGUGAUAGAGGGACAAGAGGGGAAUGGUGUUCCAGGCUAAUAAGCCAAAAAGUUGGAGGAAGGAUGUUCCAAUUGACACAUUGCCCAAAGAAACAGCAUGUGUUACCAUAUUUGGGCAUAUCAUUGGCAGCAAUUAUUUAAGUGUGUAUUUGCAGUAAGCUAGCACAAGCGACAUUCAAUAUCCCUGGUGUAGCUGACACUGUGUAUGUUGCCUUAAGCUGCAGUUGUCAUGAGCUGCACCCUAAUGGCAUAAUGGAAUUGCUUCAAAAUAUAUAGUUGGGAAACUGUUUCUGAAUUUCACCCUUCUUUAGAAAGGGGUUGAAACAGGAAUAAACCACAAGACUGUUUGUCAGUGUGGUUUUCAGCUAGAUGGAUUUACAUUAUACAUAUUUCACUUUAGAAAACGCCUUGGAGAUUGAUGGGUUGGAAAGACCCGCUGCUAUUAGCGAUGGGUGUUUCUCAAUGGGAUCGUAUAGUUAUACCCCUUAGAGGUCUAGGAGGGACCAGACCAUGUCACUUCCAUCCCAGUACCACAUCUCUUGCUGCAUGACCCAGCUGACCUAGGCAGGAUACAAAUUCAGAUAUGUUUAGGAGCUUCAGCAUUGAAGAAACUUUUGGGGAACCCAAGAUGCUGGAAGAAAAGGGGCUUAAGGUGUCUAGUUAGCUUGCUCCUUGAAGCUGCCACAUUGAGACUGAAGCUGAACGAGUUUAAACAUUAAGACUUUCCUGUUCUCCUCUCUCUUGGGUGGCCUCUACUCAGCAACCGGGUGCCCCAUGUUGGAUCACAGGCCUCUUUGAUUAGUGGUUCUUUCUCCUCUUUAAUUUUUGCAUAUGCAUUUAAUGAGGCAGACAGAAGGAAGGAAGGUAAAACAAAGGCGCUUUUAGACUCUGUUGAUACCCUAGCCACUCGCAUCCCAGAGCUCUCCAUCGAUGCGGCACUGCAUGAGCUCACUGGCUUGCAAUUUUUGGUCACAACAAGCCGGCCUUAUCAGCCCAAAGACUGGCAAUCUGUUUGGGGAUAUUUUUGUCUCUUUGCCCACUCUGUUGCCUGCUUUAUGGUCAUCACUUGAUGAGCUUGCAGUUGACCCUUCCCAGUCUGUUGGGACUCUGAAGCUGAUGAGCAAAUCUGCCCCAUUAAGAUGCUUGGUAAUCUGCUUACUCAGGAAUGAGAACGUCUCACAUGCCUGGGUCUCUGUGUAUCUACAAACUGGGCAUUGUGUGGUGCUUGGUCCAAAACAUUUGUUUCUGACACCUAGGGAUUUAGAAGAGCUAGCUAAGAAUAGCACUUCUAGUUUUUAGCACUUUUUAGCAUCAUGUUGUGGCUAAGAAGAGACUGGCACAUGAACCAGAUCUCUGAUUCAAAUGUCCCCUCUGGCAUGAACUCUUUAUGUGGCAUUAGUGAAGUCACUAUUAUGUACCCCCCCCUACUCAGCUGCAACUGCAAAAUGGAGAUGAUAGUCCUGAUUUACAUUGCAAAAUUGAUUCAGCUGUAAUAAACCAUAGUUUAGCAUUACAGAAAAGAGCAUGUUUGAGCCUUGGGUGCAAGCACUUUUCCUCCUCUCCUUCUGACAUGGGUGUGAGGAGAUUGGAAGCAUCUGUUUCUUGGUUUAAACUAACCACUGCUACGCCCAAACCGGGCCAACAUAUGGUUAGUUUAAAGUAUGGGCUGCUGAAACAAGGUAAGAUCAAAUUGUGGUUUCUGACCCUGGCUUAGGUUCAGUAAACAGGCUGAAGUUCCCAGUUUGGAAGUAGCAAUGCUUACAACCUUCUUCUUGUGGCUGCACCAGAGGACUGUGUCCAGGACUGAAGCAGGCCCAUUCCUGUUGAGCUACAGGGGUAGCCAACAUUGUGCUCUUCCUUGCCAUGGGCAGCAUACAAAAUGGGCAUGGAUGCUGGGAACUGUCAUCCAACAAUCUUUGGAUGCUGGGAACUGUCAUCCAACAAUCUUUGGAGGGCACCUUGUUGGCUGUGCCAGGUGUAGCAUUGUAUUCAGUCUGGGCCAGAUAGUUGUAAGGAAUAUUGAGGGUGAGGAUGUUCAUCAUCUUUACAGUAGGAUGGCUGUUUCAAAAGUGACCUCGCUGCAUUCAGUCCAAACACAGCUUUCUUCUCCAGGAUCUCUUUUCUGGGGAGAAAAGUGUUCUGCAAGUAUGCAGCGCAAACCAAGUAGGGGGGGGGCACUGGUUGCCUGACUGGCCACCCAUGAUGUCACACUGAAACCUUCCCCCAAUUAAAUCCCAAGGGAGCAGAAAAGACCAUUUAUGUAUGCAAUCACCACUGCACAGAUGUUAAUGGCCCAGAAAUGGAAAGAAGAUAAAGUCCCUACCAGAGAAGAAUGGCAGACCAAGUUGAUGGAUUAUGCCGAAAUGGCUAAAAUGACCAGAAGAAUCAGAAAUCAGGAAGACCAAAUUUAUAAUAAGGAAUGGGGGAAAUUUAUAACUUAUCUUAAAAACCAUUGUAAACAGUUAAAAUCGUUAGUAGGAUUGGAAUAUCACUUGCAGAUUAAUGGUGAAUUUUGGACACAAUGGAGAGGUAAAAGAUUUGGGUUAUCAUAAAAGAUGCAGGAGGAAAUGAUUAACAAUAGGAUCCACAAACGGGAGGAUGGAAGUCCAAGACAUUCCUUGGAAUCUGGUUUUUAUGUUGUAUGUUGGAUAUGUGACUGUAAAAUUUUAAUCUGAAAAACCAAAUAAAUAAAUAUAUAUUUUUAAAAAGCAACCUUCCCCCAAUCCCCAUAUGACUUUUUCCGUUUCAUCCACCCCCCUUUUUUAAGUAGGAGGCAAAUGAAUGAAUGAAUAUACAUGUAGCUAUUAAAAAAAAAAAAAGACCAGGCAACUUGUUUAGAAGCAUGAGGUAUGGGACAAGGUGAAUGGCUGAACCGUUGUUCAGUUUGUUGGUAUGUACAGCUGUCAUUUCAGUUGCCAAGUCAAGAGGAAGCUGUGCUCACAUUACAGUCCACAGAACCACUGUAAGUCCUCUUUUUAUACAUACAGUAUAUUCCAUCCGACUUCCUCUGAAUAUAGGGCCAGAGUUGUGGCCCUAUGUUGAGGGUGAGUCAGCUAAAUCACAGCCCGCCAUUAUAAACGAGAAAUUGGCCUCAAGUUUCUGAGCUUCCAUGGGCGCUGGCUGCAAUGACAACUUCUUUGGCAUUUCCGCACACUCUGGCACUCAUCAUGGAGUCCCAUUGCGCCAGACAUUUAGUCAUGCUGGCCACAUGACCCAGAAAGUUGUCUGUGGACAAAUGCCGGCUCCCUCAGCCUGAACAAGAUGAGCGCCGCACCCCAUAGCCACCUUUGACUGGACUUAACCGUCCAGGGGUCCUUUACCUUUCUUUAGCCCAGAAAUGGAAGACACUACUGGACUUAAAUUUCUCAUUGCUAUGCAAUAAUAUGUGGACUCUAUAGCAGAGAAAAUAAUUCACAAUUAACACGUUUUUAAAGGUAAGUAAGACCUUGAACAUUUCUGCACCAUCUUGUGGGAUUUAAUUCCUUAUGUGUCAAAUUUGGAUAUACCAAACACUCUUUCCCCCAUAAAAUCAUGAAAUUUGGCUUUCAUGAUGUGCUUUUCUUUUUCUACACUAUUUGCUCUCUAUUUAUUUGAAAAAUACGACACCUGUACUGCUUCUGCAUUUUGUAGGUUUUGUGGAUUAUAGUUGGAAAAAGGUUUAACAAAUUGAUUUGAAACUUAGCAAUGAGCUACAUUUGAGGAUGGUUCAUACCGAAUAUGGGGUAGAUAGAAUAAGAAAUGGCUUAUUUUGAAUGAGCUAAAUGCUUGACAAGUGACUCUUGGAAAUUAACAAGUAGUGUUGCAUUUUUUAUUCCAUUGGCUUUACCAGGUUGAUUUUUGAAGGAAAAUUUCUGUGCUUGUACUGCAGUUUGGGAGAAAUUUUGUUGUGUUAGGUCAAGUGGAACACCUAGUAAGUGACAUGACCUAUAAACUGUUUAAAAUGUUUGUUCGUUUUUAUGAACAGGGUAUUUUUGCAGCCAGUGUGCCCAACACAUGUUCAUUGUGAACCUGUUCUGAGAAUGCUGAGCAAAAGCAAAACACAGACAGUGAAGUGUUGUGAAGUGACAUUUUUUGGCACUGUAAGGGGGCAGAAAAUAAAUUGGGAAGGGGGGAGAGAAGUUGACAGAGGCAUAAAAGUUUAUCUUAUUCCAUUUAUAUCCCUAUUUUCUUCUAAGGAUCUCAAGGGUAGCAUACAUUAUUUUCUCCCUCCUUAUUUUAUCCUCACAACAACCAUGUGAGGCAGAUUAGACUGAGAGGCGGUGACUGGCCCACGAUCACCCAGUGAGCUUCAUGGCUGAGUGACUAUUUGAGAGGGUUGCCACAUGACCCAGUUGGGUGUGUUUAAGUAUCUAGCAUUUACAGAAGCAAAUCACUCUGCUCCCAACCACCAUCCAGCUGCAGUGUGGUGGUGAACACAUUCAUAUUGCUUAAAUAAAAUGUCUGUUAAGGGUGAGGCUGCAAUUUAUUAGCAUUUUGGAGCUUCAGUAAACAUGGAAAGCCCUUAAAAACAUUACUUUUUGUGUUAAUUGAUAUAAUGUAUAUGAAGUUCUUUGAACAUUCUAAAGGCAGAAUAGGUGCUAAAUAUUGCUGCAGUUAAAGCGCAUAAUUUCUAACCCAGAUCAAGGUUGAAUAGUUUAUGUUGGUGGUUACUUGCAAGAACUUGGUUGGGAGAUGAAAAAGAUUAAUAAAUGAUGUCAGCCUUUAUUGUGGGUUUAUAGUAUAUGUGUUGAAUAGACCUUUGUUCUUGUAGACCUUUCUGAAGGGACCAUGCAUGUGUAUGUGCAGGUCACUCCAAUGUACAACUUGUGGGGUAUGUUCAGUGCUGACCUCAUGCACUGAUGGUACUGCUUGGCAAUGAGAGCUUUUAGCCAUGCACAUUAGGUGCACUUUUUCUGUUAAACCUGCACCCUGGCCAACCAGAUUCUGGUGUUCUCCACUCAUACCCCUUUCCUUCUCCCCACCUGCUUCUCAUUCCAGUAUUCCUGAAACCCAUUGUUGGUGACACUAAGUGAAACCCUACACUGGAGCUGCCCAGAUCCCUUUGCUUUGUAUCCACCUAAGCUGAAAAUCUCAUAUUUAGAUUGGCCCCGCCGAGGGAGGAGGAAACAGAAGGCUUGUGAAGAUAAAAGCGCAUCAGCGGAGGUGGCAGGAAAAGGCUUAUGAUGGUUGCAUCCUGAACAUGCUGUGAACUGGGAUUAGGAACCUGUUCCCAGCAACGGGAGACCUAGAAUUUGUGGAUACAAAUUGUGAGCUGGGGGACAAGACGAAAGCUGAGGGGUACCUGGAGAUAUACAGUGGUACCUCUAGUUAUGAACUUAAUUCAUUUUGGAGGUCCGUUCUUAACUAGAGGUGUGCUUUCGCUCUUGCUGCCGCUUUGCCGCUGGCACGCAAUUUUCGUUCUAAUCCUGGGGCAAAGUUCUCAACUCAAGGUAACUCUUUGAGGUUAGUGGAGUUUGUAAACUGCAGCAUUUGUAACCUGAGGCAUUUGUAACUCGAGGUACCACUGGACUUGGUUUUCCUAUGAGUAUCCACUAUUGAGCUAUGGUGCUUUGUCCUUUAAAUAACACAUACAGAGAGAAAGAGCUACUUCCACAUGGUAGCAUCCCAUGCUCAAAGGGAGCACAUGACAAUGUGGACUAUGUGGACAGGGCCACUCAUGUGGGAAAGGUCAUUCAGAUGUGCAUAUGAAGCCAGUGGGGGUUUAGAUAUAGCCUAGCAUAGAGGUAGGGGGGUGGGAAUACUGAGUAAUAAUAAAUGAUUCCCUUUUAGCAUGCAAGGUGGAAUCCAACAUAGUGCUAUGGUGAAUGUUCCAUCAGCACAGGGAUUUCUCUUUGUACAAUGAAACAGUCUCCUUCUGUCCUCCCCUCCCCUGUGUGCCCCCUAAAUCUGUUCCAGGGGUUCUCCUAUUCCUCUGGAGCACCUUUGGGGAGGGUGCAGGGUGAGGAGGGGGAACAGUCCCAUUGUGGAAGCAGAAAUUGUUGCACUGACAGAACUCCUUAGUAGAAUACCACCCCUAGCAUUUAGCAGUUUGCGAUUCCAAAUUCCAUCAAGGCUUUCUGUUUUAGACCUUGCUAAGGAAUGAGAUGGGAAAGGCUCUUGACUAUUUGGGAUUACACAAAAAUAUGUGCUAAAAUAAUGAAGAGGGAGGCAGACCGAAAGAAAGGGAGGCAUGUGCAUUGUCCUUGAACAAAAUGAGUCCACCUGUUUCAUAGGGGUUGCUGUUCCCCCAAAUGUGUUCCAGGGUCUGUUUUUACCUCCCAAGACAGUCCACACUCUGGAAAAUACACGUGGGCUCCAUUAUGAAAAGGCCUGUGUUGUGCCCUCCUUGAGGAUAAUGGAAAGCUCUGCAGCACAACAUGGGUGAAUAGUUUUGCAGGGUGUGGGUUCACUUGCCGCUCACAAGACAUAUAUUCACAAGAGGACUGAAGUUCUUUUGUUCUUCUGGUGUUUGUAUGGAAAUGUGCACAGUGUGUCUGAACAACCCACCUUACUCGCCAUCCCCAUCAGUCAGCACUUUGGAAUUCACCUUGCGGCCAAUGCUGCUGAGAGCUUGCUCCCUGUGGCAAGAAUUUGCCUUAUAAAAACCUGGAGCUUUGCAGGGAAGCUACCUGAGUCAGAUUGUGACUCACAGCAAAGCUUCUGUGGCUCAUGCUUGUUACUGAUGCAGAAUCUCUGCAUGCUAACUAUAGCGCUGAAAUGAAGGACCUCUUCCUCAGCAGAUGGCUGCCAGGGUAUCGAGUCAACCUCUGUUCAGCUUCCAGCUGCAAGCUGACUGGCCACAUACCCAUUGCAAAAAAAAAGGAAAUAAACAAAAUCCAUCAUCCAAAAAUGAUGACAAAGGAGGACUCUGAUUUGCACAAAAAUUGCAUUUGCUAACUUAUUUCUAUAGAUGCAAGUGUAGAAAUAAAUUACUAUAACUUAAAUAGAACUAAAAUACAUUUCUCCAUUGAGGGGAAGACGGUGACUCAUUUGGCUGCUCAAUCAGCUGGCCAGCUGCUAACUAUUGAUGGCCAACUUCAUGACCCCUGAUCUACCUACUUAUAGUUCUUUGUCUUCAAACUGAACUUCAACAAAGGAAUUCAAUUAGAGGACUGCCAUCUGUGCUACUUAUCAAAUUCUCACUUGGACGGUUUUGCACAUAGGAGCAGUGGUGCAUUGCUUAGACCUGAAUGACUGGAUAUCUGGGUAAGGCCAAGGCUUUACACGACAAGCAAACUUUCCUCAUGAAACUGGCUUCUGUAUUGCACAGUGCCCUCAAGUAUAAAAAGGGGGCUUGUGUAUCCAGACAGUUUUUGGGGUGUGCCAGGAAGUUCUGUGGCAACUGCUUAUCCCUGACUUGUGGCCACAGUGUAUCCCAGAGUGUUUGGAGAUGCUCUCCAUCCCAUAAUACAUACUAACCCUGUGCCCCACCCCCCAUGGUAGAACAAUGGCUUCUAUUGUCCCCUGGGACACUCAGUAGGCCCUUGGUUGCAAUUAGGACCGCAUCACAUCCUCUUUAUGGCAAAUGCAUGUUAUAAAUUAUGAAUCUUGGCUUAUAGGAAGCCUUGGGGCUGUGCACUUCCAGUAUCCUCGUAAUGACACUGAAGAAGGGGAUAAAGAUAGAUUAUCAGGAUAUAUCAUCCAACUCCAAAGGGUUUGCUCUGUGCUUUGUGGGCCUGGAGGUUGGAAGAUUUUAGAGAAACCUGAGUGAGUGAUCUUGCCUAAUGGCUUGGUGCAGUUCUCUCUUGUUCUUCUCUUUAACUAAAUCCAAGCACCUCCUAGCCAUCAGGAAUUAAAACCAAGCGUUUGCCUCCUGUGCUGGAUAGAAAUAAAGGCUCGAUAGAGUGUUCCAGGAAUGAGGAAUGAAUUAUUAGAAAGUGCAAUGCUCCCACUUCCACUCAGCCUAAAUCAAGCACUUCUAAGUCCCAUUAAACUCCACCCAUGUUAAGCAUGUUUGUGGCUCUCCCAUGUUGAAAUCACUCAUUUUGACUGAGUGAUGUCCCAAUUUUGUAACAAUUCUUGCUUCAUAAAAUGCAUGUUGCAAUCCCAUAAGGUGGGAUACGCACCCUGUCUUCUUUACCUUUUUGUAAAAAAAAUAAAAAAUUAAAAAGAGGACAUAUGUCUGUCUUUUUCCUCUGGCAGUCAGCAAACAGUUGCCUGCUUGUGGAUCUCUGGUGUGGAACAGUGUGUGAUGCUUGAGCCUUAAGGCUGCAUCAACCCACAUGUUCUAAGAAUACUGAAUGUAUCAUUGCCUUAAUGCCUUGGACAACAAGAACCAAAGAGAGCAGAAUUAGGGAAAUGGGGCAUCUCUUAGGACCUGUCCACACUUCUGCUUGUGCUGUGCCUAGAAUGCGGUUUUCCACUUGCCCUGCUCCUUUCCAAGGGAAAACCCACUCUUUAGCGAUAGAUCAGAGCAAAUGGCAAUUGCUCUUGCUCCGACUGAGCACUAAAGACCAGUUUUCCUAGAAGGGAAGCAGCGGGACAAGAAAAAGUGUGGAUAAGCCCUGGAUGAAGAUGUCUGUGAGAGCAUCUUUUUUUAAAUGAAGGUUUUAUUUAAGCAGAGAAGGGUCAGCAUGACCACAGCCAUGGAUUGCAAAAUUGCUUUUUAAAUUAAAAUGGCAAAAAAAGGCUUAUCAAGAUUAGCAUCUAUUUUCUGCAUUAAGAAAAUAACAAUGGGAUGGAAUGUGCAAGCUGGGAGUGUGUGAGAAGAACAUGCAUAAAUGCAGGCCAGUGUUGUAAGAUUCUCCCCUUUGAAUAAUAUAACAAGUGUCUCUGAAACCAGUUCUGUAUCCCUGAAAAAUUAUGCUGCCUCUCCCGACUCUGGCAUUUCUUCCCUUCUGGACUCAUUUCGCUGCGUACUUGUCUUCCGUGAGUUUGCUAGGAAUCUAUUUAGCUAAUUUGUGAAGCGUUUGGUAUAACAAGCAUCUGGACAGUGCAUGGUGCUGUUCAAAUAAUCUCAAAGAAACAGAUGAGUAUCUUGCUGCCGAGCUAUUCAAAUAUUCAGAAGUGGAGGGCCUCAUAAUGCAUCAAGAGUUCAUUAGGCAAUGAGCCAGCUGCUUAGUAGAUUGCAUUGCAGUAGAUAAUAUAUGUAAUACCAUCCGUCUGAAUAGUGUUGGGGAUGUGAGGAGACAAAAGCCACUGAGAAGAGUGCCCUGUUGGCAUGAGAGAUUGUGCUCUGGAGAAAUUACCCAGCUCCUUCCUCAGUAGCUUCUUCCCUGGGGUAGUGAUGCAGUGCAGUGGUAAACAGACUUAGCUAUGAAUCAAGAACUCCCAAGUUUGAAUCUCUGCUCUGCACUCACAAGCAAGCAACUUGAUCUCAGCUUACUUCCUCACCCCACCCUUCUGCAACAAUAACUUACCUUUCAGGGUUCUUGUGAGGAUUACAAAUAGAUGGUGCAAAUGAAGGGUUUUGGUGCUAUCCAAAUGUCUAUUAUUACCAUCAUUGUUAUCAUCUGCUUGCAUUCCAUGCAGAAUUUGGAGCCUUGAGGAGUCACAUAUAGGAACCUGCAAUGGAAAGGACAACCCCAAUCCUGUUAUUACUCAGUGAAUGUUCAGCAUCCUGGGAAUCUCUGUUUUGUUUUUAUGUUUAAGCUUUUGGCCCUUUGGAAUUGCAAAGUUAGGCUUGAGAUGCCAAAAUUUCCACUGACAAGGGCUUUAGUGGCCUGCAACCCCUUGAUUCUUUGACUGGCAGAAGCAAAUAGUCUGCUUCAUUGGUACAUUUUAUGCAAGCCAUUGGUUUUCUUGACUCAGGCAGAAUACACUGUAUACAAAGCCCUCCUUUUCAUAGCAGUUGCUGUCUGUAUUGCAGAUGGUGACCGUUUUCUCUUUUGGAAUGUUAUUGCCUGAAUUCAGCAGCCUUCCCAAACAAGCUGAUUCCCCAUCAAAAGGCUGACUUUUAAAAGUGGAAAGGUAUUUCUUAACUAUGAUGGGAGAGAUGCACUUUAUACCACUUUCUGAGGAUGAGGUGACUUCUCUUAAACAACACCCUCGUGUGCAGCUGGGUGUCAAGUUAAAACAAGCUGAGCUGUUUAAGAAAUUUAAUUGUAGCCUCGUUUUAUUCUUUGUCUGAAACUGCUUCCCUCCCCUGCCGCUGCAAAACAUUUAUAAAACGGUGCUGUUUAAUUUUGGGUUAACUGUGUUGUGUGCUGUAGUUUGCAUGUUGUUUCCACGGGAUGUUCAGAAGAGCAAGUGAGCCCUGGCUGAGUGCAUAGUCAGUCAUCAUUGAGCCAGGGAACAUUAUUUGGAAGAGUCUUUUAAAAGGAACGUGAUAAUUAAAGGAUGCAAGUUGUCAGAGCAGUGAAGAGGGCAGCACAAGAAAAUGUGCCUCUGCAUGGAGCUUUGCAGUCUUGCAGAAUUAUCUUUGGGAGAUUGCUUUCCCCCAUCCUACAUUCAGGGGCUGGCUCUUGAGAUUGGAGCAUGUAAAUGCGAUCCUUGAGGAGAGCUAGCUUGUACAAAGCAUGCAAAAGCAGUGCUCUCAGGCUGUGGUGACUGCUCUGAUGAGGCAUUUUACCUCAGUGUGUAUGGGAGUGACCCUUCCAUGAAAAUAGGGAGACCUGAGGCACCUCUUCAUAUGCACCUACCUUGAGGUGAUAGCCCCAUAAUUCAUCAGAAUAAAAUUAUAUCCCUGCCUCACCAAAUGGAAGCUUCCUGUGUUGAGGUUAAAGUGAGCGUUUACCUCUUCAAAGCACCCUCCACCAGUGUCGCUUCUCCCUCUCCCUGCUCGCCUUGGUACACUUGAUCUGGCCCAUCUUUUAUAUUCCAUACGGUGUUGAUGGAAACAGCAGGAAUCUAACUUGGAGUUUGCCAACCCUUUGGAGACACUGGGCACCUUUGGAAUUUUGAGAGCGUGCCGCAGCUACUCGUCACAAAAUGGUAGCAUAUAACACAAAAUGACUGCCACGUCUAAGGGAGCAGAAAAAGAAACAGGAACACAACAUCAUGUGGUUGUGCUCCCUGCCAGACCCCCGUCAAUGGAAAAUGAACUUCCACACUACCACACUCACUUACAGAGAGAAGGUUUUAACUGCCUCUUGUGCUUGGUGGAUUUUUUAAUGGACAAUUACUGAGAUCUUUUCCGGGUGCCAUAGGUGGAACGGGUGGGCAUGCUGGGGCCCAUGGGUGCUGAGCUGGUGACCCCUACCCUAAUUCGAUUCUCUCCUUUUCUGCCCACAGUUUUGGAUCAGCUCCUCCCUGAGCUUAACGUACUGCUCAAGCUCUUGGACCACGAAUACUUGAGCUCCACCACAAUGGAGAAGAAAACAGCCGUCUCAAAUAUCUUGCAGAAGCUGCAGCCCCCUGCAGGUCAGAAAGCCCUUGCUGCCAUCUCUCACCCCUGCCCAUCAGGCUGACCCCUUUUCUUCCUUUAUUUGUUCUUUGUGUGAUUCCUCAGGCUGAGGCAACCUUAAGGUACAUUACACGUCUCCGCCUGCUGCAUUGUGGCACGUCCCUGGCUCCUGACAUGCCUGCACAUGCUUUUGUUUGUGCAGGGUUCCUCUCUUUCAGUGUGAGGGAAUGACAAGGGUGGACCACAAAAAUUGUCCCGGUUGAUUUGACUCCAGUAGCGACAGCCACAAGUUGUAUAGCCAGCAGGGCCUGUUUCUUCCCCUUUAAAAAAAAAAAUAUGUCCCUGCCUUCAGGAUUCUAAAGAGGCAAAAAAGUUAAGUUAAGGCUGUGUCAUCUCGUACUUAUUCAUGAAAAAUGACUUGAAGACUUUCUCUUAGCAUGGAAGGAGAUGUUGGUUUAGGGGGCGAUUAAGAUCUUCCCUAGCUGCUACUCGUCAGCAGUUGCAAUAAAUACAAAACAAAAGAGCAUGUGUGUUUUUUUCCUCAUGAAGUAAAUGGCAGCUUUGGAGGAAUGAGCAGUCUACCUCCAAGGAACCAGCAUUGGGAUGGGGCAGGAGUAGAUUAAACCCUGUUCCCCCAGCGCCAUAGUUCUGAUCCAAAUUGCCUCUGCCCACAUCAAUGAGUGGUUUUUAUGUUUUGUUUUAAAAAAUAAUAACAACAGCCUUUUCAUUGAUCUCCCACAACUCAUUUGGUUUGGCCCUAUAAAGUGAGCUGAGGAUAUGCCAUAUGUAGACUCUGCAUUUUCACAAGUGGAACCUACAUGCCAUUGUGCCUCCUUUAUAUAAACCUGGAGUGGGGAUUCUCUGGUCCUCUGGAUGUUGUUGGGCUAUCACUCCCAUCUUCCCUGACCAUUGGCCAGUUGGGCUGGGGCUGAUGCAAGUUGGAGUCCAGUGAUACCUGGAGAGCCACAGGUUCCCCACACCUGAUAUAAGCAAGCAAAGAGAGAAAGAGAAACUACACUCCCCCAUCUCCAAACUAAAGCAGUUUUUCUUUUUCCCCUGCACUUUAUCCUUGUUUCAUGCUUCCUGCGCCUGCUGUCCUCCACAGCAGCUCCUGGGUCACCCGCUCACGUCUGCUGUGUGUCCCAUAGUCAUUCUUCAUAACGCUGCUGUACUUUGUCCUUUUGUUGCUAGAGGUACAUGACUCCCUCUGGUGGAGCGUUCCAUUGAGAAGGAGUCCUCCAGCUGACCUUGAGGAGCAGAGAAAAAUAGGCAUUAAACAAUAGCUGGCAAGAGCUGACCAUUAUGUUCUUUGAUAUAUUUGAGCCCUAUGGAUUCACCCAAACUUUCUCAAUAUUUGUGAGAGCUCACUGUGCAGGGCAGGUGAAAUGGCAGGCUUCUGAAGAUUGAAAUGUCCCCACCUCGACUUUUUAGUGUUCCUUAUCUUCUACGGCAGCUGUAGCACAUAUACCUUUAAGGAAGCCACUGAAUAAAUUCCAUAACAAGAAUCCCCAGGAGAUGGGGUGGGGGUACCUAACAAGUGCCACAUGGAGUGGGUGUAUGUAUGUCAGAUCAGCAGGCACCUGUAGCUCUUAAGCCUGCAGGCAAUGUGAAUAGUGAUAUUUGGCCACGCUGUAGCUGGACAGGAAUUGCCCUGUGUUUCCUGUGGAAAUGUGUGUUUCCAGUAGCCUUCCUGCUGGCUGAUUUCUGCUGAGAGAUGAGAUUUCCAUGGGAAGAGCCAAAGGCUUGUAUUCUCUCCUUGGGAAGCCUCUUGAUUAUCCCCUCUGCAAGACCCAGAACACAGAUUCUGUGGGGUAGUCAGCUCUGAAAGAAGAGGAUGGCUUCUCCAUUUUGCUUUGCCACUCUCGGACAACAGUUAUUUCGGCUUUUGUUUCUGAAUCUUCCUGUGUGGGUGGGGAAUAAUCCCCACCCCUCUUCUCUCUCUCUCUCUAUAUAUAAGCACUACCAAUUUAAGUUGGCUAAAGUUCAGGAUGUUAAUAGCUGCUUUGAGGGCACUUUCAUUGAGCUGGGAACAGAAGUGCAAAAUUCAUGUGGCACGAGAUAGUGCUACAGGGCUUGUAAGAUGUGGUUGGUAAAUUCAGUCAAUAAAACCUCUAUUUUUUGUUCUGGUGAAUUUGGCGUUGAAUAAGGCUGGGUACAUACAAUGCUUUUUAAAGCAUAUCUUAAGAACAUUUUUCUCCUCAAAGAAUUCUGGGCACAGUAGUCUGUUAAGGGCUGCUGACAAUUGUAGCUCUGUGAGGGGUAAACUACAGUGCCCAGAAUUCUUUGAGGGAAAGAAUGUGCUUUAAAGGUAUAGUAUGAAUGCAGCCCAAAACUACCACUUUUGUUUUUUGUGAGUCAGACCCAGCUUAACAGGAAGGGGUUGAGAACCUGCUUUUUUGCAUCAUUGGCAUUUUGCCUCUAAGCCCAGAGCAGUGGUUUUCAAACUGUUCUGGAGUAACUUGGCGUUCCUUGAAAGCUUACUGGGCUUCCUCCAUGAGAAGAUCUCUACUGAGAUGAGAGCUUUCCUGGAAAGUUUCAAUCUUGCUGCUUCUGAUUGUCUCCCUAAAAAGGUGCAGCUGUAAAAGAAUGUUGAUAUGUGCAAAGAUCUUUCCAGUUUCAUGCAGAUCAACAUUGAGACCCAAUAGGCACCUUGCAUGAACCGAAUGUGCCUUAGAACACUUCUCAGAAUCCUCUGUGACAUGCAAAAAUUCCAUGCCAGACAUGCUGAUCUAGGAAGGAUUCCUCGAAGCAAGAGUUCCCACUGGUUUAGCUCAUGGUCUGAUGCAAUCAUUCCUGUUGAUGGCAAUAUCCUUUCUGACUUUGCAGGGAAGGAAAUGAGCUACAUGUACGUGAAUACAGCGACCUUGCAUAAUGGCACUAGCUUUGUGGAGUCACUCUUUGAAGGGUUUGGUACGUACAGUGAACUGUUCCAACCUAAUGCUGCUUGCCCAGAGCUUCCCUGCCUUUUAUGCCGGUUUGGCCCUCAGCUGUCUGGAUUAGCUGGUUACAAGUCCAAGCCCUGCACAACAAGUCUGUGGCCCUUGGCAGUGUCCUGUUCUUUGCAUGAUUCCCUAAACUUAAGGUGCUUCCCUCCACCUUUCCUCCUAACAAUCCUUGCAGGAGAAAUCCAUAAAGGACGAGAAGGACCCAUGAGUAAAAAGCUAAACCUUUGCAGCUGAAGGGGCCCUACCAUCCCUCUCUGGUUAUCAGCUGUUCUUGAAUUCAAAGAUACCUGUGAUUCAAUAUCACCCUAGUAUUCAGAAACCUGAGGGCUUGUGCAGACAUAUUUUUCAAUAUGUCUAUUAAGAAGAUAUCUGUGAAAAAUUCACAAAAUAUAUUAAUAAGUGGUUGGCAUUAAACCCAUCCUUACAUUUAACAUGCACUUAAAAGGGGGGGGGAUAGCAGCCAUGGGGUGGGUGGGAUCAUUAGCAGCAGGCAGGGAAUAGUUUUAACUCUUCAUAAAAUCAAGCACUCAUUGGAAGCUAAUAAUUCCAUUGGAAGGAAAUCCUCCAUUGGCAGCUAGUUUUAGCAAAGUUGGUCUCAUCCAUUCUAGGACCCCCAAAUUAUAAUUCCCCAAAAUGCCUAGAUAGACAGAGCAUCAGGGUAGAGGGGUCAACUGCACAAUUGUAUAAACCUCAUCCCAGAAUGUGGCUGUUCUUCCUGACUUAACACUUUCUCCUUGACCUUGUCCCCUCUUUGAGUCCCUCCCCAAACCUUCUCAUUUUCCCCAUACCCCAUAGUGGUUCAGGAGCAAGGGGAUAAACAAUUCCACAGCCCUGUACCAUUGUGGGCGCAGGUGUUAGCAUCCGUAAUUCCUUCGGGCAGAGGGAGGGAGGGAUGUCCAUAGGGGCUCUGUAAUGCAACACAGAGAUUGCAUGUGAGAUUUGAUGGUGGCAUUGCUCAGUGACUGUCUUCCAACCUUCCUACCAGACUGCAACCUGGGCAAUCUUCAGGACAUGCAAGAGGAUGAUGGGGAGGUGAAAGAAGGCAUUAACUUGGAACUUUCAAGGAGCCAGCCUGCUAAAACAGUAAGUCCUUGCAACUCUCAGUUUUCCACUGCUGAACCUAGGAAGCUGCCUCAUACAGAGUCAGACCAUUUGUCCGUCUUGUUCAAUAUAUCUGUGGCCCUAACAGGCUGAAGUUUUCCAGGGUUUCAGGUCAGGGAAACUUUUCCAGCCUUGCCUGUAGGUGCUGGAGAGUGAAUUUGAAAUAUUUUGCAUGCAAAUCAUAUGCUCUACUGCUAACCUGUUCCACUUUAGGCUCUAAUGAUGCUGUGACUGGUUAUGGCAGAGCACUUGAUAUCUGGAGAGGAACUACAAAGAACACCUUGCUAAGGUUCUGCAAAAUACAGCUUACCAUGGAGGAAAGCUGUAUUGACAUUCAUUUGUUUUCCUAAUGUUGUUUCCAGUGCUGCGGUUAGCAGGAACAGAUCAGUAAGGAAGGGAGACUUACAUUUUUGUGCCAUCUUCUCCUCCCAUAUGCAUUCCAGGGAUAAAAAUCCUAGCUGUGCAUUUGAUCUUUGCCCAUCCCCUUUCAGAAAUGCACCUGAUCUACACUGAGACCUGGGUGCAGUCACUGGAGGACACAAGGUGAGGCUGGAGACCAACAAGAAGUUUUCUUCUUGUUGUUUUUUCUGGAGAGCUGAAGGCAGUCUGAAAGAGGCAUUGCCACUUGUGGUAUGUUCCCUCAUCCCACUCUUGCCUCCGAGGAACAGAUUUGUCAGCAUCUUGUAUUGUUUUAAACAAACCUGUUUGGCCAGAAGCAAUAGUGGGACAAAAGAAGUGUGUCUGUGCAACAACUGCACGGUGAGAAGGGCAGCCUCUGUCAAACCACUUCUAACUUUUUUAAAAAGGGAAUUGUCUGUCUCCAGUCUAAGAGAAGGCUUGGUGGCAAUUUGCCAUGUCUGGGAGAGAGGAGGUGGCAGAGAAACACAGAAGUUGCCCAUCCGUUGUCCGAAUGGGAGUGGUUCUCUGAAAGCGAGCCAUGCAUAGGGUUGUUUCCAACAAAGUGCUACUCGGAGUAAACCCAUAGAAAUCAAUGGGUUUAGUCAUGUCUAGUAAUUUCAGUGGACCUAUUACAAUUAUGGCUAAUGUUGGACACAAUCCAUAAUUAUAUUCCUGUGCUCCCAGUUCAGUGCUCUUAAGUCAGGAAUAGGCAGAAGGUAGCACCAGAAACACCUGGUGUGUUUUUUUAUUUUACUUAUUUAUUAAAUUUGUAUACCUCCCUUCAUCUGAUGAUCUCAGGGUGAUUCACAAAAUAAAAACACAAAAUAUAUAAUUUCCAAUAGAUCAGCAAGGAUUUCUGACUUUCAGUUGUUUAACAACAAAAUGACUCCCAUUCCCUCAAAUAGACUGCUGAAAUAAAGUAAGCUCAGGGUAACUGGGAACGGGUGCUUGUGUAGAAGCAUGUUGUGCUCAGCUCAGUUUUGAUACUAAAAGCAGAUCCCCCUUCUCAGCAGCUGUUCAUUCUAAUUCUACAUGUCUUUGGCACCUGGCUUAAGUCGGUAGAUCUUGGGAUUCCAGUAAAAUGCAGAGCAGAUCGUGCAAGCCUGUCCCUGCUCUGAGUCACAGACAGACCCAUCACAAAGAACCACAGUGAAGGCUGUGCUUUGGGGAGGACAAGGCUGUGUUCUACCUUUGCUGUUAGAGGCAGUGUGCCUCACAAAUGCCAGCUGUUAGGAAUCACAAGAGAGGAGAGCGUUGCAGCGCUUGGGUUCUGCUUGUGGGAUUCCCAUAGGCAUCCAAUUUGUCUGUGUGAGAACAGAAUACUGGACUGCAUGGGCAUACCCAGUUGCCAGAUUUAUAACACCACAGACCUCUCCAGGUCAUCCAUGCUACCUCUUCCCUCUCACAGGUAUCUGGGGAGCCACCUCCACCAUUGCCCACCACUCCUCCUCCGGAAGAUUAUUAUGAGGAAGCCCUGCCACUGGGCCCAGGCAAAGCCCCCGAGUACAUCACAUCCCACAGUAAGUCUAAUUGGGAGCUGGAGAGAGACAGAGAAAGCCAGCCAGCUGUCUGGGUCCUGGCAUGGCUUUGUGUGCUGGCACUCCCAUAUCGACCUAAGAAAACAAAGGCUCCUCCCAGGUGUCUGACAAGUGACAGGCUUAUAAUUUAUAGGCCCCAGGGAGGGAAAUGGCACUGGGGAGGGGGGCUGGGCUGUCACACUCCCUUUUCCUGCUUCCCUGCCCUCUCCACCCCCAGACUCUCAGAUGUCACAAGCAGUUGUUUGCUCAGACUUGCCUGGAAAUGUGUCACUAAACCCUGAGUGGCAGGAAUGUGAAAGGCCUGAGCGAUCUCUCUCUCCGCCUGUUAGGUUAGAGAAAAGCAGAGAAAUCAACUUAGCACCUGCUCUUGUUUCCCUUGCCUCUGAUAGAAGACUGAGCCAGGGGCAGAUUGACUAUGAAACUAAUGAAGCUUCAAGAUUUCUCAUCCUGGAGGGCUCCCAGAAGCAACUUUAGCCCACCUUACUGAAAAGCUUUGGGUCUAGUAGACCCAAUUUUUGAGCUGCAUGACUCAAAUGAAUUAUUUUUUUGCUGCAUAUUAUUUCAGCAACCCCACAUACAGUGGUACCUCUGGAUGCGAACGGGAUCCGUUCCGGAGCCCCAUUCACAUCCCAAAGCAAACGCAACCCGCGCCUGCGCAUCUGCGUGUGCGUCGCAAUUCGCCGCUUCCACGCAUGCAUGUGACGUCAUUUUGACCAUCUGCGCAUGCGCAAGCAGCGAAACCCGGAAGUAAAGCGCUCCAUUACUUCCAGGUCGCCGCAGCGCACAACCCGAAAAUACUCAUCCCGAAGCUACUUCAACCCGAGGUAUGAAUGUAUGUUGUAAAGGUGUGGGGAUCUGUGGUGGAACAACCUCAUUAAAGAAGAUAGCAGUGGUUGCCCAGACCUUGUUGCUGGUUGCAAAUGAGCCCCCAUAACAGUUCAAGCUUCAGGGCCCCCAAAAUGUAGACCCGCCACUGCACUGGGCCCUGAGUUAUGUUCCCAAAGCAUGGGCAGAAAAUUAGGAGAUUUCUUGUGUGCCUCGUUGCAUCAAAGCCACCAGCAAUGUCAGGAAUGGGGGAGGCCUGCCAUGCAGGACUCUGAGAGAAAAAUCGCCCCUGGCAAAGUCCAGAAGAAACCAAGAAGGCAAUGGCGGGGAAGGGAGGGAAGUUCUUUCUUUAGGAGUGUUUUGUGCCCCGGUGGGAUGUAAGGAAAAACCAGGCUGAAGGGACUAGAACUGAGUUCUCAUUCGCCCUGUGUGGGGAUGAGGGAUAUGUGUUGGAGGGCGUGUCAGGAAGCAGAGCACUUUUUCCAAGCAGAAGCCAUUAAAUGGAUCAUUCAGCACCCUGUACAUGAUGCCCCUUCUUCUGUGGGUGGGGUUCUGGUGUCUGGUGGCCAUUUGGGAAAUGGCGGAGGAGAGCCACGGACACGGCUUCCAGUUUUUCCCCCCAGAGUCCUGUUGCCUCCUAAUCCCAUUGCCUGCCUUUUUUCUAUCUUCAUUGGAGGUAAAGGCUGUCCUGUGUAAACUUCUCGAAGUUGAUCGGCUUAUUUCAGCACUGCCUUCCAAUAAAAUCUUCCUCACUGCCUUUGUGCUACAGAAGGAACAGACACAGUGGAAACCUCUGGGGCUCAUCCACACUUGCAUUUGUCCCAUGAUUUCAAGGCACGGGUCCAAGAAGUAUUUCUUUUAUCUCACCACUUCCCCCAGGAAAACCUGCUGUUUAGCACUGAGUCGGAACAAACAUCCAUCAGGUUUUCUGAUUCAGCAGUCAACAGCGGGUUUUCCCAGGGAAAGUGGUGGGAUAAAAUAAAACGCUCUUGGACCUGUGCCUAGAAAUCACAGGGCAAACAGAAUAAAGCACCGGACAAACAGAAGAGUGGGUUAGCUCUGUGUGUGUGUUCAUGCAGUGGUCUAACGUGUCAUCUGCUUCUUCUACAGAUAGCUCCAGUCCCCCCAACUCCAUAGAGGAUGGGUAUUAUGAAGAUGCAGAUAGCAACUAUCCCCUCACCAGAAUAAAUGGAGAACAGAAAAACUCUUGUAAGUAGUGCUGCAAAGACAUGUAUUGUAUAACCGCAGGUGGAAUGGGACACUUGGCCUAAGCCCUUGACUCUGUGAAUGGGGAAGAGUGCAGGAAGUCAAGGUGUAGGAACCUCUGACUUCAGUGUGGCUCCACAUUGGACAGGGCCUCUGGCCCUGUCCAUCACUGGUGUGUGGUCCCCAAAAGGUUGCCCAUGAGAGAAUGUGGCCCUCUGGAUGAAAAAGAUCACACACACACACACACACUGACCUGUUGUAAGGCUGAGCAAAUUGUCCAUUAGUGUAGACUACUAGAGGCAGUGUUGCAGGUUAUAUGCAUAGGUUUGGUGCAUACAACUUUCAAUACGGUAAGCCCACAAGUUGCGCUUGCAUGAUCACAACCUUACGCAGAUGGGGAGGGGGGAGAUAUAUAAAUUGAGACCUGGGAAAACCCACCAUUCUCCACUCUCUAUUUAUUAAUUCCCCACCACCACCACCACCCAUGCAUCCAGCAGAUUUUCCUCGCUUACUAAGCUUUGGGAGAACCCCAUUGCCCCUUGCACCACCUUCCCAACGCCAGGUAAGCAGGGUCCUGGACUUUGGGAAGGAUGCGCAAGGGCUCUGGGAUGCUGCUGGAGCCCUCCCACUGCCUUCCCAAAGCUCAGUAAGCAUGGGGGCUGGGAAGGUUGCAGGAGGGCCUUGGGAAGAUUUAAGGGACCCCCUGCAACGUUCCCACGUCCUGGUAAGCAGCUCUCUGCCUUGCAGGGGAUAAUUUUGGGGUUUCCUGACUUUGUACAAUUUUGCCUUUGCACGUGGAUCCUGAAACCAAACCUUUGCAUAAGUGGUAGGCACACUCUAUUCCUGUUUUGGAACUGUUGCCUGCAACCUUGUGGUGUAGAAACUUGCUCUUUGAAUAUUACCGCUGGGGUUAGGGUGCCUCAGGAACCACGCUGGACCAUUGGAUCUGAUAUCUGCAGCACUUACUCUUAAGAGCCUUUAUGAAAAAGCAUGCCCAAUUUUGAAAAGGUGCUACUCCCAAUGAAGCUCCACCUCACAGAAAGCUUUGGGAUUUUCUAGAGUCUGCAUAAUAGUGAAAGCCUUUCCCACAGCCCUCUAAAAUUGCCUCAGUCAGGGUUUAUCUUAAUUUGCAGGAAAUGUAAAGAACGGCUAUCACUGCAUUGAGCUUUAGAUUACAGAAAUAAUAUGAACUGGUAUAUUUACUGUGACCUGAAACACAAUGAAUUCCCCACCACCACCACCAAAAGCAAAGUAACUUGGAAAAUGCCGUGGAAAGCCCAAUCUUUAGUAAAUUCAGUGCAUAGCUUAUAAGGAGAAGAAAUAGACUUCAGAGUAUUUGAGGCAUGAUAGCAAGCUUGUGCCUAUGUAGUUCAUGGGAAACUGGCUUCAGUGGAGGUAGAACAUAGGACAACAAACUGCAUCUCUGCAAUUUAACAUGCCUUGUAGGAACUCAGCAGUGAUAUAGUUGCCCUAUAAAGGUAAAGGUAAAGGUACCCCUGCCCGUACGGGCCAGUCGUGUCCGACUCUAGGGUUGUGCGCCCAUCUCACUUAAGAGGCCAGGGGCCAGCACUGUCCGGAGACACUUCUGGGUCACGUGGCCAGCGUGACGAAGCUGCUCUGGCGAGCCGGCACCAGCACAGCACACGGAAACGCCGUUUACCUUCCCGCUAUAAAGCGGUACCUAUUUAUCUACUUGCACUUAGGGGUGCUUUCGAACUGCUAGGUGGGCAGGAGCUGGGACCGAAAGACGGGAGCUCACCCCGCCGCGGGGAUUUGAAUCGCCGACCAUGCGAUCGGCAAGUCCUAGGCGCUGUGGUUUUACCCACAGCACCACCCGCGCCCUCUAUAGUUGCCCUAUAGAGAUCCAUAAAUGCUAGCUUGGGAGUUGGAACAGCCUGUCAGUGUCAUAGGCAGGCUUGGAAAAAAGCCAAAGGAAAUGCAGAACCGUAUGUGUUCCAGAAAGUGCCUCCUCUUGCAAAGCUUCCAACUGAAGGAGCGAUGGCAUCCACAUAUAGGAUGUUGAUGGUGUCGGCAUGGUAUCUUGGGUGAUUAAGGGCUCUCUGCUUCCUUGUAGACAAUGACUCUGAUGCCAUGAGCAGCUCCUAUGAGUCCUACGAUGAGGAGGAAGAGGAUGGGAAAGGUCAGAGACUGACACACCAAUGGCCGUCAGAGGAAGCUUCCAUGAACCUGGUGAAGGACUGCAGGAUAUGUGCUUUCUUGUUGCGGAAGAAGCGCUUUGGGCAAUGGGCCAAGCAGCUGACGGUCAUCAAGGACAACAAACUCCUGGUGAGUUGGUGGCUUGUGGAGCACCUGGCCACAUGCAGGAAAGCAGGGAAGGUUUUGGGGAGAAAAGUUGGAGAGUCCUGCUAAUGAGCCAAAGAUGCCUGGCAAAUCAGUUCACUUUGCAUGCAUGAGCAUGGCUGGGAAGGCCCACUCUCCUUGGGGUCUGGCACUGAUUGGUAGAGUUGGCAACUUUGAUGAAAAAGGAAGGACUAAUCAACAGAUCUAUAUAGCUGCAUAGUUCCCUUUGCUGGCCAAGUCAAAGAUAUGGUGCACUGUGUAUGUCACAGUUUUUAGUUUUUUACACAUCCUUUGUCCUUGCAGAUAGCUGGUCCGUAACUUACAGUAUUUGUAGAUUUGUUGCAGAUUUAUAUGCCAAGCCCAGUGUGGCCCUUCUUUAAGGUGGUGUUGAAAAACCCAGGCAUGAUGCUCCAAUUGGUGUUCAUUCUCUGAAAGUUUUAUUGGGAAUUUGAAAAGCACCUGACAUUUUCAAAUGAUUAUGUGGCGUGGGGAAAGCAUUAAGCACCCCUGCUGCUACUCUGAUUCCUAUCAAACCUUUGAAAAAUAGCUUUUCCUGAUUCCCAACCCCCUUUAACUCAUUAGGGCAACAGGACACAUAUCUGUAUGUAAUGACCCAAAAUUAAGUGGGGGGGGGGACUGUUUCUUUGAGACUGGUAAGAUUUCAGCACUUCUGUUUUUUGUUCUGGUUGUAAAAAACCUACGAUUCUAAGGCACAGUAUUUGGUUAAGCAAUGGGAGUUCCCAAGCAUUUCUCUUCUUUCCUUUUGUGCACCUCCUCCUCCCCACCACGACAUGGGACAUUCCCACUGCUUCUUAUCUGUGCUGAGAGCAGCCAUGAAAAGUACAAGAAAAAGACGCAACUUGGAAAGAGUGAUGAACAUUGUGCCUUUUCUUUUCUUUAACAUUAGUGUUACAAAAGCUCUAAGCAUCGGCAGCCACACCUCGAGGUGCCACUGAGCGUUUGCAACGUUGUCUACGUGCCGAAGGACGGGCGUCGCAAGAAGCACGAGCUGCGCUUCUCCCUGCCGGGCGCUGAGGCCCUGGUGCUGGCCGUGCAGAGCAAAGAGCAGGCUGAGGAGUGGCUGAAGGUACUUCCCUCAACAGCAGGAGAGCUCAGUUCCACACACACACAGUUAAAAAAGAAACCCCCUCUUCCUGUGCUCCAUCAAAACACAAAUGCCAACUAAUGCCCGUCCUUGUGAGCAGCCCUCCUGCCCUGACCACUGUAAAUCUGGUCAAGUGUAUCAAGCCCUGUGGGAAAAGCACUUGUUAUCUCUCCAGUGGGGAGGAGGGGGCUUUCCUACUCAGCCUCUUAUCACCCCUGCCUGGCUGCAGGAGAGAAAUAGCCAGCCAGCAGGGCAGACCCUGACACCCCCUUCCUAUAGUCUGGAACUGCAGGGCUGCAGGAAAGGGGCUGUUUUGAUUCACAUUUGCCCGCCCACCCCCACUCUUUCCUGCCUUUGUUCUGAAGCACUGCAGAUUCAGUAGGAAGCUCUGUGAGAUGACAUCACCAAUUCUGCCUGACGGCAGGGUCUGAAAAAGGUGGCGGUUUCAGUGCUGCUUGAUCAGGCAUAGGCAACCUUGGCCCUCCAGAUAUUUUUGGGACUACAACUCCCAUGAUCCCUAGCUAACAGGACCAGUGGUCAGGGAUGCUGGGAAUUGUAGUCUCGAAACCUCUGGAGGGCUGAGAUUGCCUAUGCCUGUUCUUGAUGGUAGUGUCUCAGAGAAGCUACUGUUCCUGCCUAUCCAGACUGGGAGAGGGCUUGUGUGUGCGCACGCGUGUGUAUGCUGCAUCACUGAUACUUGGCUUUCUCAGUUGCACUUUCUUUUCUCUCCCCUUGCCCACUCCCAAACCUGUGGCCUUCCAAUUGACUACAGCUCCCAUCAUCCCUGUCCACUGGCCAGGAUGGUUGAAGCUCAUGGGAGCUGGGGUCCACUGACAUCUGGACACAGUGUGGUGGCAAUUUCUAGCUAACAGAUGCUAGUGGUUUAAAACAACAUCGUGAUAGCCCCAUGCUUGUUCAUUCUAAUGGCUCUCUGCCAUGGAUACCAGCAGGUGAUCUCCGUGAAAGACACAUAGAUUUAACCCCUCCAGCUCAGCUUUGUGGCAUAAAUGGCGACUCUUUCAAUUUGACAUGAGUCCCUGCUGCCCGCACCUUUCCAGGCUCUCUUUUGGGGAUUGAUGCUUGGAUGUUGGAGGUUAAACUGAAGGAAGCACAAUGCAACACGCAGGCUAGGUAGUUUGUUAUAAUGGCAUUCUGAGUCCAGGGAUUGAAAAGGUCUUGUGCAUUUUGUGGUUCAAUUUCUUUUCCGUCUUGGCAGAGCAAGUGUACUUUGGCAUGAGUACUGUCAGGAACCUCAGCAUUCAUUAAAACCGUCUAUUCCUCCCUGUACUGGUUGUUUUUAGAACUUCUCUGUCUUUGCCCUUGCUCCAUAUCACUCACUGACUCAAAGCACUUCCACCCCGCUGGCCUGGGAUGCGACUCUUCAGGUCCUCCCUUCCUCAGAAAUGUGAAUACUCUGUUGGCACUGAUCCAAUAGGCACUCUGGUGUGCUGGCUAAACCCCACUUGCGGCUGAGAAAUUGCAGUCCCUGAAAUGAGAAUACCUGAGCAGAUGAAUUUAAUUCACCCAGACCUGUUCUGAAGCUUGAAGACAACCUAUUGCUGAAGGCGACGAGGUGGGAAGUGUGUCUGUUGGAAGAAAUAAAAGAGAGUCUGCCUUCCUGUACCCCCAGUCCUCACUUGGGUUUCCUUGGGAAAUCUUGUGUCAACAUCCAUGGCUGAAAUGUUACAGAAACCAGAGAUAGGAAGAGCAAAAGUCAUUGACAACCAGCCAGUGAACUGUCUUGGAAGCUAAUGAGCCUUGAGUUAAAUUAGGACAAAAUACAAAAACUGGCUUUAUUUAGGUCAGGGAUAAUACCCUGCUUCAGUAUUCUCAGAGGCCACUUUAUUACAUUAAAAAAUCCCAGAGAGAGAUGAAUAGUUAAGGUUGGCAUAUAACUCUAUCUCUCCCAGAUUGGACAUAUUUUCUAUCCAUUUCCUUAUAAAAAGGAUUUUUUUUCCCCAGCCGGAACUCGCAGGAACUCAGUUUUGGCACCUCUUUUUCUAGAAAAAUAGCACUGCUUACAAGACACACGAUGGGCAAACAUUUUCCCAUACCCUUGAUUAAAAAUUUGGUAGUCUCACCAAGGGCCCGAUAGAAUAGCUUGCUGGAAUCCAGUUUGGCCCUUUGACUGCUAGUUUUCAGUACUGGAAUCUACUGUUUCCCUUCUGUCAGGUAACUGAGACUCAGUGGCACCAUUGUUUCUGAGAAGCCAUCGCUGGAUGCUUUGCAGCAAAGUGAGCUUUCAGUUGCAGCUGAUGGGCUACCAGUGUUUCCGUUGUUUUGACACUCAACCCUCUCCUCCUGCAGGUGAUAAAGGAAGUGAGCAGUCCCAGUGGAGGAGGACUGAGUGGAACAGAAGUUCUUACAUCUCCUCUGCUUACAUGCAAGGUGGACCAUGACAAGGUAGCUUCUCGCUCGGAGCCGAAGUAGCAGUGAUGUUCAUGAAUAAAUACAAUCAGUGUGCACAGUUUUUCUUUUAGCUGUUAUAGGGGGCCUGAGCAGCCAAGGGAUUGUGAGUUUAACCCUUUCUCCCCUGCUAUGCUCACAACAAAAAUCUCCUUUGCCCAGAGGUCAUCUCAGGACAAACAGACAUCUGACUCGGACAGUGUGGCAACUGCAGAGAACAGCUCUUCCAUGGCUCGGAGAGAGGCCCAUGAGCAAGGUGAGUCCCUGCUUACUUUCCCCUUCCCCUAUGAGCCAGGUGUUGCUUUUGGGUGAGGCAGCAAGAAACGCAGCACUUGGACUAGAGCUCCUGAGAGACCUGGGUUUAAAUCCCUGCUUGACCACAAUGCACACAGGUCUCUGCAUCUCAGCCCAACCUACCUCACAGCGUUGUUGUGGAGUGGGAAAGGCCUUAAAUGCUGCCCUCAGCUCCUUGGAAAACGGGUGGGAGAUAAAUGUAAUAAAUAGAUCCUGGGCUUAAAGAAACAAAACCCAGGUUCCAUCUUGUGUAACAAUGACCCCUUUUGCUGUUCCCAUUGGGGGCAGAGUUACCAUUGUGCCAGAAUUGCUAGGUCGGUCGCCCUGCACUUUUCUUUGAGACUAAUGAGUCAUGUUACACACGCUAGUUCUGUAAAAAUUGUAUCAUGAAGGUUAAAGCACUCUGUUUCUGAAUUUGCUCUGUGUUGCCGCUAUGUUCAGUUGGCUCUUAAUACCCAUAAGGGAAUAUUCUAGCCUGUAGGUUCUAGCUGUAUUUCAGACCAGUUAGUGUUUUUCAUUAUUCCCCCUUCACCUGACUUCCCUUAUCCUCUUCAUGACAUUUUACAAUCUGUUAUGAUGAGAGAGAGUGUGUGUUCUGGAGGUAUGAGGUUGGGGAGAAAAGACCUUUAGUUACCUCACAGUUUCUUUGUUUUGGUCAGAUACACCAUGUCUUGUUUUAAGCUCUGCUUCUUCUCCCUGUAGGGAAAGGCAAAAAAAGUGGCUUGGCAGACUUGAAAGGCUCUGUGAGUCGAGCAGCCGGGAGGAAAAUCACCAGAAUAAUCAGCUUCUCCAAGAAGAAGCCAUCCCCUGAGGACACCCAGACGUCCUCUACGGAGGAAGACAUCCCAUGCUGUGGUUUGUACUGGAGCGGGAGGGCAGUUGAAAUGCAAACCAUUCAUUAGCUGGUGCCUUAAGAGGGGUCCAGUUGGGCUCCCUUGUCCCAGUUUCCGAUUGCACUGUGUUAUGUCAUACAAUACUGCACUGCAGGGGAUGCAACAACAAUACUGCAGAACGGAGCGUGAGAGGUGUGGGGGAUGCCGACUUUUAGCAUCGUAUAGGGUGCCUCUGAAAUUAGAGAGCACAAAGUCCGCCACUCCAAAUAUAUUGCCCACCCCCAUAUCCGAUAGUUAAAUCUUAAUGGUUCGAUUGUGCAGUUGUCUUUUCUUACUUACAGGAGUGAAUCAGCUACUUUAUGGCAAAGACAAGAGCACUGACAUUCAUAAUCUAUUUUAUGAAGGGAAAAAAAAACCACAGUCCAAGGACUCAGCUAUAGAGCUGCAAAUAAAACAUUUUAAGUGUGUUUUAAGUACAGUAUACAAUGUGACACUAGAUGGAGGUGGUGAGCUUUAUGGAAAAUUCAAUGUGUGUUUAAAAAUGCUUUUUUGGGGGGGGGGAGAGCAUUUUCAGAGCAGUUUUUAUAUGUGUAGAUUCCACCCAAGUGACUUGGCUGAUACUCAUUCAGGCAAACCUCUCAUUGAGCUAAAGUAAUGCUUGGCUCUUGGAACUGAUCUUCUGAUUUGAAAUCUGUCAUGCCUAAGCUCAGCCUUUCCUUGUUUCCUAGGACACAAGAUUUAGGCUCUUAUUUAUCUCAUAAUGGUCACUGUAUUGCUAAUCAAAUGUCUUUGUGCAUCUCCUGGCAGGCUACUUGAAUGUUCUGGUUAACCAGUGCUGGAAGGAGCGCUGGUGUCGUUUGAAAGGCAACACCCUCUAUUUCCACAAGGACCGGACAGACUUAAGGACCCACGUGAAUGCCGUCGUCCUCCGGGGCUGUGAGGUGGCACCAGGACUGGGCCCCAAGCACCCCUUUGCAUUCCGCAUCCUUCGCAACGGCCAAGAGGUCUCUGCCUUGGAGGUGAGCAAGGAUUCACUCUGUACGGAUCUGCUGAGGAAGCUGCAGUCCCUUUGGAAGGGCCUUGAUUUGGCCGACGACCAGGGUAUAGGCACACAAGGCUGGGCACCUGGGCAUCCUGCAGAACAUAGCAUUUAAGAGCAAUGCCUUGAAUGCUGGAAGAACUCUUUAGAGCCCUUCAUGUGUGGUACAAAGAUACAUGAAAUUCAGCCUGUGGCAAAGGCAUUUGUUAAAGCAGUAUGGAUUGUAUACAGUCAUACCUUGGAUCUCAAACACCUUGGCUCUUGAACAACUUGGCUCCUGAAUGAUCGGAACCCGGAAGUGAGUGUUCUGGUUUUUGAAUGUUCUUUUGGGAGCCAAACAUCUGAUGGGGCUUCUGCGGCUUCCGAUUGGCUGCAGGAGUUUCCUGCAGCCAAUCAGAAGCCGCACUUUAGUUUCUGAACGUUUUGGAAGUCGAACGGGCUUCCAGAACGGAUUCCAUUCGACUUCCAAGGCACAACUGUAUCUCACAGCAGCAGAAAAUAAUUUCUCUUAUUUAUCAUAUUAACAGAAUUAACCUACUUCAUGCUGCUUGUUUCAUAAAGUAUGAUGAAAUCUUAAAUAUGCCUCAGUUUCACUUAAUGCACUAUAACUUCACUUGGACCUUACAGGAUCCAAGCAGAUAUUUGGACAUCUGAAUGCAUAUAAAGAUCAUACCGAAAACAUAUACAUAAAACAUGAUCUCCAAGCAGACCAAGAGAGAGAUUGAGAGCACGCGGUGAAGCAAUAGUAUUCUUUGGCCACGUGCCCAUCUUGAUUUAUUCAUUUCAAAUGUGGGCCGAGGUUCUGCCAUGCUUUUGCAAAGGCUUCCCCUUGUGGUGCUGUGAUAAAAACAUUAGCCUGUGUUGAAGGCAUAUUGACUUGGGACUAAGUCCCACUCAAUGCAAGGGGACUUGUUUCUGAGUAGACAUGCCUAGGAUUGCAAUGUACUUCCUCCUUUUCAACCCCCCAACUCUGCCUGUGCAGUGUCAACCCAAAUCACAACCCGUUUUCAGGGUCAUGUGGGACAGCCCUGAACAGCCAGAUAUUCUGGUUGAAUAUGGAUACUAAUAGGAAGCUUCCUUAUUCAGUCACACCACUGGUCUUUCUAGCUCAAUAAUGUCCACACUGACUGGAAGUGGCUCAGCAGGAUGCUUCCACUCCCUCCCAGAGAUGCAGGGGGUUAGACCAAGGGCCUUGUGCAUGAAGAGCAAAUGCUCUGUGGCUGAGUUGUGGCCCUUCCCAAUAAUUUGUUGUUAAGUCGAUUAGUCAUGUCCGACUCUUUGUGACCCCAUGGACCAGAGCAUGCCAGGCACUCCUGUCUUCCACUGCCUCUCGCAGUUUGGUCAAACUCAUGCUGGUAGCUUCGAGAACACUGUCCAACCAUCUCAUCCUUUGUUGUCCCCUUCUCCUUGUGCCCUUAAUCUCACCCAGCAUCAGAGUUCCAAUAAUACACACAAUAUAUUCAGAAUUCAUGUCCUCCCCAGCUUCUUUAGAGACCUUUCGCUUACAUAGCAGUGUGAGCCUUGCACACACAGGAUGCCUUGCAAAUAUCCCUAUGGUGAACAGCACAGCUGUAAAUUUGGGAAAUGGGGCACCUGGUGUAAAGGAACAAUGCGCUCUGGAAAGACAUGUCCUUGACCAUGUUUCCUUGUGGGAAGAGUGUGGCCUUGGCUGUUGCCCAGAGCAAUAUGUGCUUCCUUUCACUUUAAACUAUUGUCUUACUCCUCAGGCGAGCAGCUAUGAAGACCUGGGGCGCUGGCUUGGGCUCCUGCUGGUUGAAACUGGCUCCCAGACAGCCCCAGAAGCCUUGCAUUAUGACUAUGUGGAUGUGGAGAAAAUCGCCAACAUCAUCAAUGCAGUGAGACACUCUUACAUGUAAGCGUUGCUUCCGCUAGCGCUCCAUGACGCAGCCGGGUGUGGAAACCACCUUGUCCCCAUCUGCAGGCGAGAGUGCCUGCCUGAUGUUCUCCCUGCCCCCAACAAAGCCUCUGAGAAUAAAACUUUCUGUUAAGACCACCUACGCCAGCAACAAAUCUGCCAAGACAGAUUGUUUGGUCUCUCUAAAACAAGGGGUCAGCAACCUAAGGCCUAUGGGUCACAAGCAGCCCAUGGGGGUCGUUUAACCGGCCCAUGAACCCCCGCCGCCUGCUCAGGGACCCCCACCAAGCCACAAAAACUUUGCUAACCCCUGCUCUAAACCAUGAUCCAAAUCAAGAUGACAACCUGCUAAAAUCAUACCUGAAAGGCCAGAAUAGAUUCGGCCAUUUAGGCUACUGUGAAUGUGAGGCUGAAACAAGCAAGCCUGCCUUCGUGUUUCCUGGUUUAUAUCAUGGGUGUGAAUGUGGUGCAAGCGCUAGUUCCACUUUCCCAGAUAGGAGCAUAGAAAACCUCACACUCUGCGCCUCAGGCUUAAAUGGCCCUUUUGUGUAUCAAGAAAAGAUGAGCCCAUACUGAAACACUCUUAUGUAUGGAGCAGAGAAUUUUAAAUAUCCAAGCUGUGAGUUUAAAAGAUUGAUAUGGAGCAAACAUUCUCGAUUUCUAUGCUGUUAUCUCCAUAGCACCAAGGGACAUUUCACACACCAUGCAACGGCAUAUCCAGAUUUAUCAGGGAGUGUAUAUUUGGCAAGCAUCUCAGGCAAUCUUGUUUCCUGGAUAACUGCAGUCAUGCUUAACUUCUUAGAUGCAUACUUAACCUUUUGACUUGAUUUGGUUUAGUAUAUGUGUUCCACAUUUCCAACAACAUUUUUCAGGUGUGCACCCAAUAUGAUAUGUGUGAGGUAUCUCCACUCCUGUGUUGCCCAAAAUACAGGGCUUGGCAGAAAUUUAUGAUGCAAUAGCAUCUACCAACCCAACGUAGGAGGGCCUAUGUUUGGAUUCAUUUUGUUAGUGCAGAGGGUGGCAGGAAGAGCUCAAUUGUUCUUGCUGGUAAAGAUUGUCAUAUUUUGCAAUCAGUACUUGAGAUGUAGAGCAUCUUUUGUCUGUUUCUCUGCCUCUUCAGGUGGGCCAGCUCCUCCCUUGAGAACCAAACAGAUGCUUCCCGUGUAUUAUACGAUGAAGUCCCCUAUGAGAAGGUGGAGGUAUUUGAAAAAAGAAAAGCAGAAAUGCCAUAACCCUCUUCUCUCCCCUGCUUCCUUUCCCUAACAGCACACUGCUCCCUGCCUGCAUGUGCUUCCAAGUGCUUGGCGACUGACAAACAGUUUUUGCCCAAGCAGAGGCACUUGGAUUAGCCUGCUUCUCAAGCAGCUAUGCUGCAUGGGAAGAAACUGGACUUCUUGCUCACACCCAUCAUUCAUUCAUUCAUUAUUCAAUUUUAUUUGUAUGCUACUUUUCCACAAAAAGAAAUGCUCAAAGUGGCUUAAAAACAAAGAAAUAGGGAUGCAUUUCAAAAAAACACUACAAAAACUAUUUCCUCAUAGCAGAGCAAAAACAUAGGAUAGCUACAAUUUCAUAGCAUAUCAAUACAACAAUAACAAUUUCUUAAUAACAUAUUAAUAAUAUAAUAACAUACAAAAAAAACCCCACAUUCCAAUACUAUAAAUAUAGCAUAAUAACUUAAACAACACACAGCAUCCAGGAGCAAAAAUAAUGUUUCACCUUAAUCCUAGAAAUACCCUUCCCUUGAUGUUGGCCAUCAUUGUUGGUCUCCUUGACACCCUCUGAAAUGAUGGCUUCUUUGUGCUUUUCUGUGUGCAGCUGGAAAAGUCAGGGCGGCCGUCGGGGUCCCAGGUGAAGCGCCAUGGCUCCUCUUGCAGCGAGAAAUCGCGCCGUGUAGAUCCACAAGUGAAAGUCAAGCGCCAUGCGUCAAGUAGGUUUGGAUCCUGAUGUGGGAUGCUUGUGGUGGCUGUCUUAUCGGCCUGUUGGAAUGGGGAGGGGAAAGACUCCGAGCUGACGAUCCCUAAAGAGCCAUUUCCAGUAGUGUAAGCUUAUACAAUACUCAGUUGCUGCUUGGUGGCUCCACUUCCGUCUUGGUUUUUGCAUUCUCAUUAUUUGUGUCCUCUUUCCUAAUGGGACAAGGAUUGCUAAUUUGCAGGCCGGGCCAAAGUCUGGAUGGGUUUAAUGCACAGUACUACCUAUUUGCCUUUGCAGCUUCUCUCUUAGCUGAGGUUCAGGCCUGAAAUGGGUGGCAGAGGAAGAGCGUCUGUUUGUUGGUAGGACCUGUGUUUUGAAUGCAGUAGGUCUCAAGCUCAGUUGAGCCUUAUGUCAAAAUGAGGCUUCUCCUUUUGGAGCUGUGUCAAAACUGAUUCUGUGAUCUCCACCCUGUUCCCCUUGGCAGGUCAAAAUUGUUGUUAACAGGAACUGUUCGGAGCUUUACCAGAUAGCAAUGGCCCUGAACAUGUAUGAUCAGCACUGUGUUACACACACAUACACACCCUGCUGGUCUUUCCCAAUGCUGCUCAGAGGUUGCUAAUAGCCUUGCAAGAACUACCAGCCAAAUGGGUGAGGGAAACUGCUUCACACUGAUAAAACAUUUCAUCAGCUUUUUGUACCUCUUGGGAGAGCAGGGGAACCUCUGGCCCAGGAAGCCAAAUGCAGUAAUCCAGGCCCCUCUCUCUCACACCCUCCAGGCCUCUCCUCAGGCCACAUCCUUCACUGGCUCUGCAUUGCACCUUUUGUGAAUGUUUUUUGCACAGCUGGAGUAUGACCUUGAAUUCUUAUAGUGAUUCUUGUUUUCCUGGAUGAAGGAUAGCUAAAGGUGUUUGUAUGUGUGUGAAAAUUAACCUGAUGUUCAAAGACGACAUCCACAUUUGUUGUUCUACCCACUUUGCUUCUGCCUCCCCCCCCCCCUUGAAGGUUAUCCAAAAGGGAACAUGGCCCUCAGGCUGCAAAAGGUUCCUUGACCUUGGUAGAGAACCCCAAGUUUCUUUUUAGAAUCUCCUAUGAUGCUCCAGGAACGUUGAGCUGAAUCCAUCUUGGAUUUCUGUAUGAAAAGUGAGGUUAUAAAGAACCAGGCAGAGGGCCUUCUCGGUAGUGGCACUUGCCAUGUGGAAUGUCCUAUCAUCAGAUUGAAGGGGCCAUUAGAAUAUUGUUCUCUAUAUGAUCCCAAAAACUGUUUGAGCAAUUUUCUCCUCUCUCAGAAUGACUGGCUUAGGCGGGUAAAAAGAUAAGAACAAAGCUGAAUGGAUUAUUGUACCCCAGACAGGGGGCACAAGAAACAAAGCCCCAUCUUAUUGCUAUUAGUGCAAAUCACAUUUUUUACAUGUGAACACGUGUCGAGGUCCAUCGGGAGAACAAGGUUGGCAUUGAUGGAACAGACUGAAAUAUUUCUUAUUCAAGGUUGUAAAGAGAUAAGCAGACUCAGGAACGCAUAUUGCCGUGGCAUGGAGAGGCUGGUGUGAGGCCAUUGCAGGGGAGAAGGGGGCAAGCAAGCCCAUAUAAGGUCAAGCCCAUAUAAGGACAUAGGAAGUUGCUAAAAUCACGAUUUCCCAGAAAUCAGGUGGUAUUAUUCUGCAAAUGUAUAAAAAGGGCUGGCAAGCAUAGAGAGGGCGGGCAGGCAAUGAACUUUGCCUUGUCUGUACCAUUAUUUUGUCGUGAUAAAAUAAAAAUGAUUUUACUGCUGUCAAAUUGACUUUUUGAAGCGAAUUCUGAUACUCCGAAGGGAAGGAACUAAGAAAAGGUCUUUCAAGAUGUCAAAGGGAUAAAUAAUUAUAUGACCCCCCCAUAGACAUCUGGGGAAGCUUUUGAUGUGUGGUGUUCUGUCGUAUUUUUGUGUAUUCUGUUGGAAGACGCCAAUAGUGGCUGGGGCAAUCAGAUGGGCAGGGAACAAAUUAUUAUUAUUAUUAUUAUUAGCUCCCUCUGAAGUUUGAGCUACAAGAACACCAUGUUCCACUUAAUUAUUUUGUGUUGCACAGGCAGUUCUCCAGUGGCUAUAAAUUGUAACUGUAUCAGUACAGUUUAAAUCAAUUUUACAAGAAUGCCAAGCUUUACUGGUAGUCUUAGCAGCUCCAGUUCAUAAUUGGAUGUGCGCUUGUGCUCCCAUAAGCCACUUCUCCUGUGCCAGCAAUAUUAAUAAUCAGCAAUUUCUGGGCAGCACUGCAGAGGCUGUGUUGGGAAAGCAGGUGUCUUGGUUCUUGACUGUUGGUUCAGUUUCAUUUCAGACUACAGUCUGGUGUUGUGCAUCUUUGAGCUUGUUCAGCCCUGAGCCUGCAUUUAAAAUUAUCUGCUGUCAAAGCAGAGCUAAACAAAAAACCCUCUCACCUCAGGUGCCUAACAGAGGGCCGUGUCUCUUAACUCAUCCCCCUCCCCUUGCAGAUGCCAAUAACUACAAGUACGGCAAGAACCGUGCUGAGGAAGACGCCAGGAGGUUCCUGACUGAGAAGGACAAACUGGAGAAAGAGAAAGCUUCUAUCCGGAAUGAACUGAUGGGCCUGCGGAAGGAAAAGCGGGAGCUCCGAGAGGCUAUGAAGGGAAGCUCAGGUAUAAGCCCCUGCUGGAGAAGAAAUUCUCCCGCUGCCACAUGCCUCACCCCUGGCCAUUUUGCACAGAAAUCUCUCUCCUGAGCUGCAUUUACCUCCCGCAUACAGUCCAGUAUACUGGGCUGGAUUAAGUCCUUAAAAUAUUUUAGUGCCCCCAUAUAUAUCUAAUUAAAAAUAUAAACAACAAUAAACUGUAAAAUAAAAUUUUAUUUUUUGAAAUGAAUGAAACCCAAAGAUGGAAAAUAAUGUUUAAUUUUGUAUGCGUCCACUUUGUUGAUAUUUGAAAUUUUUGCCAACUUCUGUUCAUUGAAUUUGCGGGUGGGGAGGCACCCUCUUGCCCUCCUCCUCCUCCUCAGACUGCAAAAUGUGCUGGGCCAGUAGAACGCUGAGCCCACAGUGGCCUUGGCUAAAGCACCUUCCCCUUUAUCCUAGAACUCCUUGCAGUUAAGAACAAAAGGAGGUCUCUGUUAUUCCUGAUGAAAGAGGAUGGCCGCUGAUAAAGAAGGCCAACGUAGGAGGCAUUUGUUGCAAAAUAUUUGCCUCAAUAGCAACAUCAAACCUGCUGUGUAGUUUUGCAUCUUACUUCUCAGCCCUGACAUCUCCUGCACUGGAUAUAUCCCUAAUAUCGGGUACUUAAAACACAUUUAUUUCUGCUCAGCACUGGCAGCUUAGCAAUAGCUUCAAAUUAGCCACAGAAACAGUUGCAGGCUCCUUCCGCAGAGGAAAGCCCAGGCGCGCCAUCUACUGGAAGAAUGGCAAUUCUUUUAAUGGAAAUUGCACAGCUAAUUGCCUGGAAGCUGGCAGAAUCCAGGUCUUUUCGUCCUUAUUGCUUUUAAUGCAUUGCAGAUAAUGUGAAGAACGUGAGCUGCCUUGCCUCUCAUGGACGUGUUAAGAAAGAGGCGUCAGCUGCUGAGAACGUUGACCCAGUUCCUGUUUCCCACAUGUCUCAUCGGCGGUGGGAUUGGGCAGGAGCGAAAUUCCCUUUGCCUUUGCCCACCCUCCCACUUUCUCUAAGCUCCCUGGCAUGUGUCCCCUUCUCCAAGCCUGGAGCCACAAGCUGACCUUGCUCCCAUGUAUCUGUUAAACAGGGAAAGACCUGAAAGAGCUGGAGCAUCGUGUUGCGGCCCUGGAGGAUCAGUGCAAAGCCAACGAGGCCAGGCGCGUGGACCUUGAGCUCAAGCUCACGGAGGUGAAAGACAGGCUGAAGCAGUCUCUGGCAGGAGGGCCAGCUCUGGGGCUGACUGUGACCAGCAAAGCUGAAAACAAGGUGAGGAGGAGACAGCUGCUUCCUCUUUCCGCCUUGGACGGUUAGGGCUGCUUCAGUCGAUGAUAGUUUCCCACAUAAGCGCAGAACAAAAAUGGGCGCACACAGAAGCCCAGGGAGCCAGGAUUAUUGGAACACAGGAAUCUGACCUGCUGAGUCAGACCACCAGUCUGCCUAGUUAUGUAUUGUCUACACCACGCUUCCUCAACCUCGGCCCUCCAUAUGCUUUGAGACUACAAUUCCCAUCAUCCCUGACCACUGGUCCAGCUAGCUAGGGAUCAUGGGAGUUGUAGGCCAAAAACAUCUGGAGGGCUGAGGCUGAGGAAGCCUGGUCUACUCUGACUAUCAGGGGCUGUCCGGGGUUUCAGAAAGGGAUGUCUCCCUGUCUUACUUGGAGAUGCUAGGGAUUGAACCAAGGAUCCUCUUAAUGCAAAGGAGCUUGCCCUGCCCUUCUCAGUAACUGCAGAACCUAACCUUGAUGGGGGUGCCCAGGGGAUCAUAGAAUUGUAGAGUUGGAAGGGAUCCUGAGGGUCAUCUAGUCCAACCCCCUCAGCCUUGCUCCCAGCCCCAGAGAAGGGGGAUACAAAGCGUACUUAUUUAAUGCAUUUGCCACUCCUCCUAAGAUGACUCCUAGAAUGAUAAUAAACAAUGGGGAAACAAGUGGAGCAGCAGAGCAAAGGGCAAUCCGUUUGCAGCAGGGGUAGCCAGUGUGGUGUUUUCAUGAUGAUACUGGACUGCAAAUCAGUUCUAGCCAGCAUGGACUAGGGUUACAGAUGAUGGGACUUGCAGUCCAACAACAUCUGGAGGGGGCACCAUGACGGCUAGUCCUGUUUUACAGAAAGUCUUGUGUAAAAAGGAAUUCAACAGCUGAAAAGUGCCUCCUCUUCCUUGCUUGCUUUCCACCGAACCUCAGAAGACAGGGGCCAGCUCCACAAGGGCCUCUAAAGAUUGUCUUCAUCGACAGGUAGAUUGGUGUGAGAGAAGGCAACCCAUCCUACUAAGCUUUCCACCCGUUUCCUCUUUCAUAGAGACCAUCAAUGCCGGCCAAAAUACAUUUUAGCAAUAGCAACCUGGUUUCUCUAGUAUCUCUCCCUGCUUGAAUCUCUGAACAACUUCUCGGUUUCUUGUUACGUUCCCUUGCAGGAGCCUGCGCCCCAGUCAAGUGGAAGCCCCCCUGAGCACUUGGUCCCGGUUAACUGCGCAGCGGAAAUGAGGAAGCGAAGCCCCUCCCUCCUUCCUGCCCACAAGGGGAAUGUGCUGCAGAAGGCCAAGGUACAGCAGGCUCUGCUCUGCUCCCCUAGCUGGGCGCCAGCAUUAUAUUCCCUCCUCAUUGCCUCUCCCAAAAUCUUCAGGACACACACAGGGGUAGGGAACAUCAGGCCUGGGGGCCAAAUGCAGCCCACUUUAUCUGGCCCUUGAGACCCUUCCCAGGCCACACCUGCUUUGCACAGGCUACACCUCUCAUAAGCCUUGCUCCUCAUCGAUCUUGGGUGUUUUUCCCUGGCUGGGAUGUGUCUCCAAACUCUGAUAAUGCCUCUGGAAGGUGAAGAGGCAUGUUUGAACAUGUGUAUAAACAAAGCAAUUUACUGUACAGAGGUAAAAUUCACAUGCACUGCUCUGUCCAUUUUUGUCUCUGGCCCGGCCCACCACCAGCAUACGGACCCCAGAAGGCUGCCCAGAAGGGGAUGUCGCCCCCAGGCUGAUCCUAGUGGAAGCUAAAUUCUUUGAUGAGGGUGUUGUAACAUAUAUAUCAUAUGUUAGUGUGUACUACAGAGUGUAAACUGUAGUUGGGUAUUGUUGCCCUUAAGCGUAGAAUCUUCCUUUCACAAUUUCCCAGCACAGAGGCCUGAUCUGGAUGGGGGCCUUGGUGGGGGGAAUCCUAACCCUGCUGCAGUCCUGAUCCAGAUCUUCCCCUCUCCUGGUCUGCUCCAGCUAUUUGUAAAAGUAAAAUCCUGCAAUUAAUGGCAAACCACAAGACUCAUUGGAACUGGGCCCCAAACCUCCAGAACCCCACUUUGGAACCAGGGCUCAGCAGUCUCUUUCUAGCCUUCAUAUCGCCUUUGCAACCCAGGACUCAUCAGCUCUGCUAUUUCUCCCUCUUUCUAGGAAUGGGAAAUGAAGAAAUCAUAAAAGGGUCACUGGGCCUCCAUCUCCGGGAAGAACCCCUCUCGAGCAUUGGGACACAUUUGGGAAAGGCUAGAGCAGUGCAAGAGCCUCUCAUCCCUCAAGGAAACUGCAGAAGGAUGCUGGGGGACUUGGUUCUUCAGCAGGGAGAGCACCCACCCUCCCGCAAAUGAAGGAUUACCAAGCAAAACUGAUGUGGGUGAAAGGGGAGGGAAGGGGGAGUUGGGGAAGCAGGGUGGGUAAGGGAAAUCCUUUCAAGGAUGUUGGGUUUUUUAAGUGUGUCCUCAGAAUUCUCCUCUUUGAGUGGCCUGUGAGGAGCACCUCAAAUAGAUCUGGCAUGCCAGCUGUCUAGAUUUUGCUCUUGAUUAAUGAAAUUAACGAAGAGCCAUUAAAAAUUGGAACGUAGAUACUUUGGUCUGGUGGGGAGAGAUGAUGAUGAUAUGGUUCGGAGAUCCUCAUUCAAGUCAGCCAAAGACCUUGGGCAAGUCACUUCUUCACCUUUCUUGCUGCAGCUCCUCUCUUGUGUUGGAAACCAGGUGAGCGUUCCUCACCACAAGGAAACGAGGCAUGACACACAGAAGUGCCUUGCAAUUGAUUCUGUCGAAAGAUGCUCUUUGCAGCCCUUGACACUGUCAGCCUGCUUCCCUGUCCUGCUCUCUGCCAAACCAGAUCAAGGCAACUACUGUUGACUUAGGCCCAGAGGCAAGGGCCCAACAGGGAGAAGACAUUGUCCACGUGGUGGUUUAAUUUAAAUCUCAGGGCUUUUCAUAUUGACCUGUGCCGGAGCACUCCUGUCAUCUUCUGUAGUCUCUCUCAGGCUGCCAUUUAAGAUUUUAAAAUGUGUUGGAUAAGAUCAAUAGCUUCGGGAGGGCAAGGAGUAAUAUCACACCCACCCCCGGACAGACUCUAAAAGUGCCCAAGUGUUGUAACAAAUCCAUUUGCCCACUCCCCCCCCCCGCCUUUGCUGCACAGCAGAGCUAGACUCGCACUUGCAAGUGAGAAAGGGGAGUGAAUAAAUGGACUGAUGUGGCUAGAGAAAUUCUGCAAAAAAAAAUAAUAAUCCCGGUUGCAGGGCUAUUUUAUUUUUUUAAGCGUGCUGUCUCUGGUCAGCAGAACAGUGGCUGAAGACUUUUCCCUUUCUGUGAGUCAGCCACUAGAAGACAGAAUGUGCAUGCACUACAUAACAGACAUUAUGCUGCCAUUUCUAAAAAUCUUUCUCUCCGAUCACGGGUGGGAUGGGUGGGAGAGUGUUUUGGGUGGGUCUUGUUUCCGCAGUGUGGGGAGCCCAGCUGCCUUCAUGUGUAUAAGGUCUCUGGCCAGUUUCAGGCCUGCUUCAUUCAUGGAAUACAAAAUCUAAAACUUGAGACCUUCAGAAGAGGCCCCAAGGUGAACCCUACAGCAAAUGCAGUGAUCCUCUUUGCUGUGUCAUUCCAACAGACCAGAAGCUGUAAUGACCUACUUUUCUUUUAUAGGGGGAGGUGGGUAGGAUGCUUAUCUCUUUGUGGGUGCUUAUUGUGGCAUACAUUUUUACUAUUUAAGAUUUGUCUGCACUUUAAGAUCUGGAUCCCCUCCCUCUGCUGUCCCCCCCCCCCCAAUAAAAUAUGAUCUUUGUACAGAGCUGUAUGUGUUUGUUUUUUCUUCUAAAUUUCAAGGCAGCUUUGGGUUGUAAACAUAGAAGUUGCAGCAACAUGCCUGUUACUUAUGGUUCACGUAGAAAUGUAUAUGCAUGCAUUAUCUAUCUCCUAGGUUUUGGUAGGAGAUUGGCUGUAAUACUUCACAACAACUUUGGCUCCAGCUUGAUGCUUCCAAUAUGGCGCAAGCUUAAGACAGAAUCAUGACCUUUUCUGGUUUACAGGGGGACGAUACUAUCUGUAACUAGAAUAGACAAAGUAGAAACUAUACCAUCUGUAUGGGAAGCCUACCCCUUGAUCAUAAGCAUAUUGAUUUCAACAGAGCAAGGUACCAAGUAUAAUGCCAGACCCUCCAAGGGUCCCCAUUUUCCAGGGGUGUCCCUGAUUUAGAGAAGGCAUCCUGGUUUCUGAUUUGUUCCCAGAAUGUCCCACUUUUCCUUAGGAUGUCCCUAUUUUCAUUGGGAAAAUGCUGGAGGGUAUGGAGUUAUUUGACUCCUGAGCUGUCUAAAGGCAAUUCUGUAAAGUUAGGGCCACCCAAAAUGUUACAAAAUAGUGAGCAAGCAUUCCAGUUCUCCCAAAGUCCUCAUUACUUACCCUUACCUUUCCCGCCCCGACCUGGCCACAGUGAUCCAUGCGACGGUCACCUCCAGGCUUGACUACUGUAAUUCGCUCUACGCGGGGCUGCCCUUGAAGCUGUCCCAGAAACUCCAGCGGGUGCAGAAUGCUGCAGCGAGGCUCCUCACGGGGUCUCUGCCAUGGGAGCAUAUUCACCCAGUGCUUUUCAAGCUGCACUGGCUCCUGGUGGAGUACAGGUCAGAUUUAAGGUGCUGCUUUUGACCUUUAAAGCCUUUCACGGCCUAGGACCCUCAUACCUACGGGACCGCCUCUCCCGGUACGCCGCAUGGAGAGCAUCAAGGUCCAUAAAUAGCAACACCCUAGUGGUCCCGGGCCCUAAGGAAGUUAGAUUAGCUUCAACCAGAGCCAGGGCCUUUUCAACUCUGGCUCCGGCCUGGUGGAACGCUCUGCCUCAUGAGACCAGGGCCCUGCAGGAUCUGAUUUCUUUCCGCUGGGCUUGUAAGACAGAGUUGUUCCGCCUGGCCUUUGGCUUGGAGCCAAUUUGAUUCCCUCCCUUUCUUUUUUUCUUUUCCUUCUCCUCCUGCGAUGAGGCUACAUUUUAAUAUUUUAAUGUUUCAUUAUUUUAAUGUUGUAUUUUAAUUUUGUUUUUAAGUUGUAAUCAUUCAAUUUGUUUUUAUUAUUGCUUGUAAGCCGCUCUGAGCCCAGCCUUGGCUGGGGAGGGCGGGGUAUAAAUAAAAAUUAUUAUUAUUAUU